GAAGAGAGUAUCCAGGGAAUCAGAUAUAUCACAGAGGACCUGAUCUCGAGGCUGACCAAGCAGGACAAAUUAGCCUUUGUACGGUCCCUGAACCUGGCCAUAACAAAGAGUGGAGACAAGAAAUUCAAGGUAAGAAUUAUGUAAUAAAACUGAAAUAUCCUUUUACAUCAGUCGAAUUUAACAACCACCAAAACAGCACCACAUAGAUCAGUGGAGGCUGGUGACUUCAACAAUUUAGGAGGAUGGGAGACCCAAGGUAUAGGAGCUGACCGCACAGAGACAACAAAGCUUGUUUUCAAAAUCGUCAAAGAUAAAUUAUUUUAACCCAAAACAUUUAAUAAAGACAUUUAUAGUAAAAUAUAAUGGGGAAGGGAAUGAGAGGGCUACUUUAAAGUUUGGAACGAAUCAGAGCAGUGAUUUAAAUUAGGUUUGAUUUCAGUGCAGGACAGGGGUUGAGGUGUUCAGAGUAGGGGUGUGCCGAUCUCGUUGUAAUUGUAUCUGUUUUAUCACACUUGAUACUCGUAAUCGGAUUUACUCGUGAUCGGAAAACCCAGAAGUGCGCUUUAAAUGCCGGUAAAGCCUAUACCUCAAGUGCGCAUUACCGUACUAUCACUCAGAGCGCAUCUCACAGCGCAUCGUUAUGUUCCUUCACACACAUUGUUCAAAGGUAAAUGACGACAGAUGAAAAGGCACAUGAUUUACUUACUUAGUUAUCAAGAAAAUAGGCUUAUAAAUAUCCUAAUGCAUGGCUGGCUACUACUGCCUGCAUUUAUUCCCGAUUUAGAUGAAGGUAGGCUAAUUCGCUUGCCCCAUAGGCCUUUAUUGUUUCACUUUCGAGAGGAGCUUUCUCUCCCGACACUUAUGCCACAACAUUUGUACAAUCAAAAUAAACUAUCUACAUUUGUCAUUUAAUUUUCUAAUGAUCUGUCGCUCGGUUAAUAUACCUUGGCGAGGAAGAAUAAUAGCAAGCAAGCAUGGGCUUAGAUCAUGACAUAACGGCAGACGUCGUCAGCAAUGGAAUAAUUAUACGGACAGACAAAGUAGACCUACUAAACAAAGCCAAGUAGACAGAAAAAAACAACCAUAUGGCCUCAGCAAAGUUGGCUAGCUUGAACAGCAAUGACUAGCUACGGAUUCUGAUUCAUACAUGAUAUUUGGAGAAGGGGAGACUUGUGCCAGCAGCAGGCUCAACCAAUACGCUGCCCGUUUCUUUACAGACAGAAAAACGAGCCAAUAGUUGUUUAGAACAGACAGCGCUUCACACUGUUUGAGUAAAAGAGCGAUGCAUGCUGGCAGCUGAAAGUAAAAUUUUCAGAUAAUUGAUAAUUAAAAAAAUACUUGUGUCAUAAUCGUAUUUGGAAAAUUCGCCAUAUGCGUUACAAUACUCAUUUUGUCUGAGAAGGUAUUGUGUCGUGGAAUCUAUGGGGUAAAUACAACUGUUGUUUUGAGGGAAACAUUUCAACCACAUGAUUCAAAUCAAAUGUAAUGUGCUGAAUACAACAGGUAGACCUUACUGUGAAAUGCUUACUUACAAGCCCUUAACCAACCAGUUUUAAGAAAAAUAAACUAAAGUUUAAAAAGGUAACACAAUAAAAUAAUGAGGCUAUAUAUAUGGGGUUUACCGGUACCGAGUCCAUGUACGGGGGUACAUGUUAGUCGAGGUAAUUGAGGUAAUAUGUACAGUACCAGUCAAACAUUUGGACACACCUACUCAUUCAAGGGUUUUUCUUUAUUUGUACUGUUUUCUACAUUGUGGAAUAAUGGUGAAGACUUCAAAACUAUGAAAUAACACAUGGAAUCAUGUAGUAACCAAAAAAGUGUUAAACAAAUCAAAAUAUAUUUUAUAUUUGAGAUUCUUCAAAGUAGCCACCCUUUUCUUUGAUGACAGCUUUGCACACUCCUGGCAUUCUCUCAACCAGCUUAAUGAGGAAUGCUUUUCCAACAGUCUUGAAGGAGUUCCCACAUAUGCUGAGCACUUGUUGGCUGCUUUUCCUUCACUCUGUGGUCCAACUCAUCCCAAACCAUCUCAAUUGGGUUGAGGUCGGGUGAUUGUGGAGGCCAGGUAAUCUAAUGCAGCACUCCCAUCACUCUCCUUCUUGGUCAAAUAGCCCUUACACAGCCUGGAGGUGUGUUGGGUCAUUGUCCUGUUGAAAAACAAAUUAUAUUCAAAGGUAUUUCAUAGUUUUGAUGUCUUCACUAUUACUGGACAAUGUAGAAAAUAGUUUUUAAAAAAAACUUGAAUGAGUACAUGUGUCCAAACCUUUGACUGGUACUGUACAUGUAUAUAGGGGUAAAGUCACUAUGCAUAGAUAAUAAACUGUGAAUAGCAGCAGCGUUAAAAAAGGGGGGUCAAUGGAAAUAGUCUGGGUAGCCAUUGAUUAGCUGUUCAGCAGUCUUAUGGCUUGGGGGUAGAAGCUGUUAAGGAGCCUUUUGGACCUAGAAUUCGCGAUCCGGUACCGCUUGCCUUGCGAUAGCAGAGAGAGAACAGUCUAUGACUAGGGUGGCUGGAGUCUUUGGCAAUUUUUAGGGCCUUCCUCUGACACUGCCUGGUAUAGAGGUCCUGGAAGGCAGGAAGCUUGGUCCUAGUGAUGUACUGGGCCGUACGCACUACCCUCUGUUGCGCCUUGCCGAACAGUUGCCAUACCAGGCAGUGAUGCAACCAGUCAGGAUGCUCUUUUUGAGGAUCUGAGGACCCAUGCCAAAUCUUUUUAGUCUCCUGAGGGGGAAUAGGCGUUGUCGUACCCUCUUCACGACUGUCUUGGUGUGUUUGGACCAUGACAGUUUGUUGGUAAUGUGGACACCAAGGAACUUGAAGCUCUCGACCUGCUCCACUACAGCCCCGUCGAUGAGAAUGGCGGUGUGCUCAGCCCUCCUUUUCCUGUAGUCCACAAUCAUCUCCUUGUCUUGAUCACGUUGAGGGAGAGGUUGUUGUCCUGGCACCACACUGCCAGGUCUCUAUAGGCUGUCUCAUCGUUGUCGGUGAUCAGGCCUAUAACCGUUGUCGUCGGCAAACUUUUGUCACCAAUUGGCGACAUUGUAAUGCGAAUAUUCAAAAAUCUGCAUAAAGAAAAUAUGCGUAUUUUACCACCAGUGGUGUGUUUCCACCAAACUGACUUGUUACAGAUAAAAAUCAGUGCAUGAUGACAUAGUGCACACAAAAUGUUCUUGUACGUUUUCAUGUACCGAAUAAAAAUCAAUGUGUUUCCAUCGCAUUUUCAACUCUACUGAUAGUUUUGUCACAAUAACUGUUUCGUUAAAUAGCAAAUGUGGCUACUCUGGUCUUGGCACGUGCGCUCUAGCCAACCGAUACAGUGCGGGAAGGCUGUCUACAUAAUGAUUAUUAUUACUUUCACCACCCUGUGAAGUUCAUCAUAAGUUAUUUAAUCUGUAGCCUAAUAAACUGCAUGGUUUCCUGAAUCGUAGUGGUUGACCACACACCAUAUCAUCGCGUGACUCCAAGUUUUUAAAUCAAUAUUUGCUCACAGCGGUUAAGAGCGUUGGCCCAGUAACCAAAAGGUUGUUGGUUCGAGUCCCCAAGAUGACUAGGUGAAAAGUCUGUUGAUGUGCCCUUGAGUAAUGCACUUAACCCUAAGAGCGACUCCUAAAUGACUAAAAUGUAAUUUUCUCGCAUAAUUGAUUUUACCGACACAAAAACAUCCCACCAUGUCGAACGACAAUAGGCUGGAAACAGCACCUACUGGAGAAUUGAUGUAUCCUCAGCUACCCUUUGGUCUCCCAUUCAGGGUUUUAACCAAGCCCUGCAUAGCUAUUUGUCACUGACUAUUACCAAUGUGCUAUCGUGAGAAUGAUUAAGAGAUCUCCACUAAAAACAAAAUAGAUUCACUGUUGCUAUCAAAGUCAUUCCAAAGGGUAGGUUUACAGAGCAAAUGAAAUGUGACCAUACUUUAUCACUCAUGUAUCAUCAAUAUUUAAGCCUAUAUAGCAUUUGCAAAGUCAUCAACAGCUAUCGUUUCAAUUCAACCCAGAAUUCAACUUAAAUUGACAAUACAAUAGGGUUUCAAGCUCUGGUUGAUUUUUAAAUUGUAUGAUAUGUAGUGAUAUUGAAAUGUACUUGGUUGUCAACGCAACCAAAUACAGUAUCAACAUUUGAAGGAGAUGUAUCUUCUGCUUGGAUAGUUCCAUCUGUGCACGUUUCCAAAAAUCUAAUUUUAACCUAAAAUCAAAGUUAAAGAAUAGGACUAAAUCAAACUUUAUUGAAAUUUAAUUGAUUUAGUCCUAUUCUUUAACAUAGAUUUUUGGUUUAGAUUGAGACGUGAAUCCAACAUCAAUUAUUCAUUUGUAGAAAAACUGGAAUUAAAGACAGACUGUCAGUGGCAGAAGAUAAAUCCCUUUUAAAUGUUUAUAUUUGGUUGUGUUGAUAACCAAACACAAUUCAGUAUCACUUUUGAAAUACAAUGAAUAGCCUAUCAACUUGUUGAUAAGUUAACAAAUGAUAUGUUGGUUUCACGUCUCCAACUCAAACAAAAAUCUAAGUUAAAGAAUGGUAUUAAGACAGUGGCUCAGAUGGAACUAUCCAAGCAGUAAAUACAUCUCCUCCUUUAAAUGUUGAUAUUUGGUUGCGUUGUCAACCAAACACAAGUCAAUAUUACUUUUGUAAUACAGUAAAUAGCCUUAAGUUAUCUUAAAAAUGAAUGUAACAUUCAACCUUAAAAUUAGUAACAUCCAUGGCCACAUUUUGAGGUUACUAUAACUAAAUUUUUUCUUAUCUAAUGAUAUAAAGCGUGCAUGUUCAAGAUCGCAUGCAUUCUGUAGGUUGUUGCAGGUCUGUGGAGAUCUUCACAAUUGCUGUAAUAAUCUUCACAUAAUCUUGAACAGUAUUGGUCACUUGCACCAUGUACAGUGCAUUCGGAAAGUAUUCAGACCCCUUGACUUUUUCCACAUUUUGAUACGUUACAGCCGUAUUCUAAAAUUGAUAAAAUUGUUGUUUUUUUCUCAUCAAUCUACACACAAUACCCCAUAAUGACAAAGCAAAAACAGGUUUUUAGAAACUUUUGCAAAGUUAUAUAAAAUAAAACAAACCCUGACAUAUCAAAUUUACAUAAGUAUUCAGAACCUUUACUCAGUACUUUGUUGAAGCACCUUUGGCAGCGAUUACAGCCUCGUGUCUUCUUGGGUAUGACGCUACAAGCUUGGCACACCUGUAUUUGGGGAGUUUCUCCCAUUUCUUCUCUGCAGAUCCGCUCAAGUCAGGUUGGAUGGGGAGCGUCGCUGCACAGCUAUUUUCAGGUCUCUCCAGAGAUGUUUGAUCAGGUUCAAGUCUGGGCUCUGGCUGGGCCACUCAAGGACAUUCAGAGACUUGUCCCGAAGCCACGCCUGCUUGUCUUGGCUGUGUGCUUAGGGUCGUUGUCCUGUUGGAAGGUGAACCUUCGCCCCAGUCUGAGGUCCUGAGAGCUCUGGAGCAGGUUUUCAUCAAGGAUCUCGCUGUACUUUGCUUCAUUCAUCUUUCCCUCGAUCCUGACUAGUCUCCCAGUCCCUGCCGCUGAAAAACAUCCCUACAGCAUGAUGCUGCCACCACCAUGCUUCACCGUAGGGAUGGUGCCAGGUUUUGCAUUCAGGCCAAAGAGUUCAAUCUUGGUUUCAUCAGACCAGAGAAUCUUGUUUCUCAUGGUCUGAGAGUCUUUAGGUGCCUUUUGGCAAACUCCAAGCGGGCUGUCAUGUGCCUUUUUACUGAGGAGUGGCUUCCGUCUGGCCACUCUACCAGAAAGGCCUGAUUGGUGGAGUGCUGCAGAGAUGGUUGUCCUUCUGGAAGGUUCUCCCAUCUCCACAGAGGAACUCUGGAGCUCUGUCAGAGUGACCAUCAGGUUCUUGGUCACCUCCCUGUCCAAGGCCCUUCCCCCACAAUUGCUCAGUUUGGCCAGGCGGCCAGCUCUAGGAAGAGUCUUGGUGGUUCCAAACUUCUUCCAUUUAAGAAUGAUGGAGGCCACUGUGUUCUUGGGGACCUUCAAUGCUGCAGACAUUUUUUGGUACCCUUCCCCAGAUCUGUGCCUCGACACGAUCCUGUCUCUGAGCUCUACUGAUUACUUCGACCUCAUGGCUUGGUUUUUGGUCUGACAUGCACUGUCAACUGUGGGACCUUAUAUAGACAGGUGUGUGCCUCCAAAUCAUGUCCAAUCAAUUGAAUUUACCACAGGUGGACUCCAAUCAAGUUGUAGAAACAUCUCACGGAUGAUCAAUGGAAACAGGAUGUAGCUAGCUCAAUUUCGAGUCUCAUAGCAAAGGGUCUGAAUACUUAUGUAAAUAAGGUAUUUCUGUGAGUUUUUUUAUACAUUUGCAAAAAUAUAAACAAACCUGUUUUCGCUUUGUCAUUAUGGGGAAAUGUGUGUAGAUUGAUGAGGAAAAACAUGUAUUCAAUCAAUUUUAGAAUAAGGCUGUAACGUAACAAAAUGUGGAAAAAGUCAAGGGGUCUGAAUACUUUACUGAAUGCACUGUACUUUCAAUGUGAUCUCAACUGCAAACCAGGUCAUUUGGUUCUACUAUUAGAUGAAGCACAGUGGUAACAUGAAUCUGUUGUAUAAAUAAACAAAAUAUCUGACAUUGUAUUCCUAUUUAAACUUUGCUGUGCUUUUAAAUGGUUGAAAGCGCAGUGAUAGGCAUUUGGGUUUCAACUUUAAUUUAAGUUCCAAUGCAGCCAGUUUUAUCUCAAUAUCAAAUCACUUCUGGGUAAUAAGUAAGUACCUUACUGUGAUUGUCAAUUAAAAUGACCAAAAAUAAUAAAAAAUAACAAUUUCUCAAGCAAUACUUUUGCUAGGGCUGACUGGGGGUGGUCUAUUUGGCGAGAUGAAAACUAGCUGUUAUUGGCAGAUGUUUGGAAGCCUCUUUCUUAUUGGUCUAUUCAAAAAUGUACCGCCUGGUGUUGUCACCAGGCAGGCCAAAACUUCACCCCACCAAACAGGCAGAGUUUUCAGGCGGUCUUUUCAAACAGCUCUUACACUAAAAGGGCAUUGUCAUAAUUUUCACAAUUUCACAGUAUUAUUACAACCUCCAUAGUGUGGGAAUAUAUAUAUAUAUAAAACACAGGCAGGAAAAUCAUUUUUUGGACUGCACUGCACCUUUAACCAAGAAUCAUAGUUUUUGGUUGUGCUUUUAGAUGGUUGAAAUCAUAGUUGAAUUUCCAAUAUGUUACCACUAACUUUUGGCUGUCUUUUUAAGUGGUUGAAUAUAGGUUGUAAUCUCAUUGAUCAACGUCUCAACCAAAUAUUACCCAGCUACCAUGUUGAAAUGACGUGGUGUGCCCAGUUGGAUCAAAGUAGCCAGUGAAAUGUUCCUGAAUGUAGCCCUGAUCAUCCACAUACCUGACGAUAACUAACAACUGCGAGUGACAGAUGUCUGUGGUUUCAUCCAUAUGCCAUGCCAAAAAAUUUGCUGCGUCAACCUCUUUUAAUCAUCCUUUUAAUGGAUGAUGCGAUGAAAAUGAUCAAAUCAUUCUGAAUUGAUUUCGACAUCCCAGAGAAGACAGUAGAAAUGUCCAUAUGCUCAGCUAGUAAAAUAUUGUAACGGCAAGUACCUCUGCAAGCUCCUUGUAGUUGGUAUUGUUAGCAGAACGUUCCCUCAUCUGCCCCUUGCUUCGUACCGCAACGAGCCACUCAUUGCGGGAUGAAGCAACAUGCCCCCUAAAAGCCAACUCUUAAAUGCCCAAAAAUGAAGUAUCACUGUUUCUUCUUACCUUCUCGUUGUGUUGCGCUGUUUAACCAGACCUUCCUCCAUUACAUGAUUGAUGCAGCUUUUUCCCAGACGCUUGAAUCUAAUGUGGGCAAUGAAAGGGGUUCUUCAAUUUAAAAAAAGCCACUACAUUGUCGUUAGCGUUAGCUAGCCAUUCUGGCUGAGAAAACUGGACUCUGGUAGCUAGCUAACUACUUGCUACUAAAGUUAGCAGGGCAAAUUGAAGAAAAUGGCACUACAUCGACACAAAAAUAAAGAUCUAAAACCAAGAAAACAAUAUCUAAUCUACCACCUCCGUCUCCUGUAGUUUGAAGAAACUAAUUUGAAUUGAAUAAUAUCCAAAAAAGGCUGAACUAUCUCAAUCGAUCCAACAAUGUCACCAACUCACCAAACUUCUAAAUCACACAUGCGUAGUACAAUGUUCAUUCUCUGAUCCUUUGAUUUGAUGGACAACAUGUCAGUUCAUACUGCAAAAGCUUUGAUGGGUUGGAGGACGUCCUCUGGAAGUUGUCAUAAUUACCAUGUAGGUCUAUGGAAGGGGGUGAGGAGCACGAGCCUUCUAGGUUUUUUGUAUUGAAAUCAAUGUAGCCAGGGAAGGACGGACAAUAGCUGUCCUCCGGCUACACCAUGGUGCUACCCUAGAGGGUGCUGUUGAGAUUACUGUAGACCAUUGCAAAACAGUGUGUUUUUUAAUCAGGUAUUUGGUGACGUGAAUAUAUUAAAUGUAUUAAUGUUUAUUAUUCAAUUUUUUACUGAGUAGAAUGUUCCUCCUGUGAGGAGCCUACACUGACAUCGAUACAGACGUAAUACAGUGGCAUAUCUUCUGUUUCAGUUCAUUGAGAAUUUGGAGAAGUGCGAGCGCCUGCAGGUCCUCAACGUCAGCCAUAAUGUCAUUGAAAAAAUUGAGAAGCUCGAAAAGCUGCACAACUUGCGGGAACUACAUGUCUCUAACAACAGAAUCCAGUAAGUACAGCACACUUAAACAACACUCAAACAAUUAAUUUUAUUAAUGUACUCUGCCAUUGGAUUAACAGCCUACGUGUAUCAAACAUUUAUUAUGAUUGCUAAUUGUAAAAUUGUUUUUUUUGAUAAAACAUUUAAGAAACUUUUGUUUAUUUCUGCAGUAAAAUUGAGGGCCUAGAGCACAUGGCAAGUCUUCAGCUUUUAAAUCUUUCCAGCAAUGACAUUGAACAUGUGCCUCUGUGGCUGGCUAAGAAACUCAGAUCACUCCAGACUUUAAACCUUCAACGUAACAAGAUCUCUUCUGUGAGUAUCUCUGUGUUUUUCUCUGUCUUCUUCAUCAUGCACUUAAUUUAGCCUGUUUCUAGCUUUCCGAUUGUAGCUAGUUUUUGAUUUAUAUUUUAUUCAGGUCAGGGGCGUCAUUUCAGCUAAACCUAAGGUAUGACAAAGUGACGGGGUGGGGGAUAAAAAAAACAUUUACUGCAUUUCUACACAAUUUAAACUCUAAAAUGCAAUUUGGAGAACAGAAAUUAUCACUUUGUUGCAGUAGCUUCAUUCACCUCAGUCAAUAGGGGACUUAACAUUCUACAAACACAUGUCAUACAAGAUUUAGCUGCCUGCUACGCACUAGCUCAGAACCAGGAUUAAAACUCUAGUUGAGUUUGAUGUCAAGUCAAACAGCAGUUACCUAGCCAAAGCCAUGUACUACAGCCAUCGUUACCUCUGUAAUGUGUUCAGAAAAAGUCACGCUGUUCCCUGCAGCUGCGUCAAUGUGCUCUCCAAAAAGCCAGCCAGCCAUACAAACAGCCUUCCCUCCCUCUCCCAGGCGUCCUCAUGGUCCUAAAGUCAGCGGCCCCAUAAAACAAAUCCCCAUAAAAAUCUGUCAAUUUAAGCUAGAGAUAUAUUGGAUGCGUUUCAAUCCACCGCUUAUGCCGACUUCGUACUUCCGCAUCUGCGGUGAAAGGUAACAGAGCUAUAGCGGUGUUAGUCAGACCAUGAGACGUCCGGAAAAUCUGUCUUCUCACAAAAUCUUCUGAACGGUUUGGCCUAAAAACUAUUGUGACCCCUCUAUGGAAAGAUAAGACUUUCUCAGUCACUACAAAUAUACAUGUGUCCUUCCUAACUCAGUUGCCGGAGAGGAAGGAAACUGUUCAGGGAUUUAAAACAGAGUUUAAUGGCUGUGAUAGGAGAAAACGGAGGAUGGAUCAACAACAUUUGAGUUACUCCACAAUACUAACCUAAUUGACAGAGUGAUAAGAAAGAAGCCUGUACAGAAUAAAAAUAUUCCAAAACAUGCAUUCUCUUUGCAACAAGGCACUGAAGUAAUUCAGGAUAAAAAAGAAACGUAAUGGAGCUAAGCACAGGCAAAAUCCUAGAGGGAAAACCUGGUUCAAUCUGCUUUCCUCCAGACACUGGGAGAUUAAUUCACCUUUCAGCAGGACAAUAACCUAAAACACAAGGCCACAUCUACACUGGAGUUGCUUACCAAGAAGGCAGUGAUUGUUCCUGAGUGGCCUAGUUACAGUUUUGACUUAAAUCUACUUGAAAAUCUAUGGCAAGACCUGAAAAUGGUUGUUUGGCAAUGAUCAACAACCAAUUUGACAGAGAUUGAAGAAUUUUGAAAAGAAUAAUGGGUAAGUGUUGCACAAUCCAGGUGUGGAAAGCUCUUGGAGACUUAACCAGAACGACUCAACGCUGUAAUCGCUGCCAAAAGUGCUUCUACAAAGUAUUGACUCAGGGGUGUGAAUACUUAUGUAAAUGAGUUAUGUCUGUAUUUUCUUUUCAAUAGCAAACAUUUCUAAAGAUGAUUUCACUGUCAUUAUGGGGUAAACUAUUUCAUCCAUUUUAAAUUGUCUGUAACAACAAAAUGUGGAUUAAGUCAAGGGGAAUGAAUAAUUUCUGAAGGCACUGUUUGUGGUUAUACAUACAUGCAUGCAUGAAUGCAUGCAUGCAUGCAUACACUGAGUAUACAAAACAUUAAGAACACCUGCUCUUUCCAUAACACAGACCAGGUGAAAGCUAUGAUCCCUUAUUGAUGUCACUCUUUAAAUCCACUUCAAUAAGUGUAGAGGAAGGGGAGGAGACAGGUUAAAGAAGCCUUAAGACAAUUGAGACAUGGAUUGUGUAUAUGUGUCAUUCAGAGGGUGAAUGGGCAAGAAAAAACAUUGAAGUGCCUUUGAACUGGGUAUGGUAAUUGGUGCCAGGCGCACUGGAUGGUGUCAAGAACUGCAACGCUGGUGGGUUUUUCACGCUCAACAUUUUCCCGUGUAUCAAGAAUGGUCCACCACCCAAAGGACAUCCAGCCAACUUGACACAACAGUGGGAAGCAUUGGAGUCACCAUGGACCAGCAUCCCUGUGGAACGCUUUCGACACCUUGUAGAGUCCAUGCCCUGACGAAUUGAGGGUGUUUUUGAAGGAAAAAGGGGGGAGGGUGUUCCUAAUGUUUGUUAUACUCAGUGUAUAUUUCCACACUGAGGAUGGAAUAAUACUGUGAAUUGUGAAAAUUAUGAUAAUACCCUUUUUAUUGUAAGUGCUGAGCGAUUAGUGCUUUUUGAGGUCGGUUCAGUUAUUAUUUAAUUCCAAGUCAUCAUCUCAUCUCUAUAGAGCUGCUGCCUGCAGUGGGGAGAACAAGUAUUUGAUACACUGCCGAUUUUGCAGGUUUUCCUACUUACAAAGCAUGUAGAGGUCUGUAAUUUUUUAUCAUAAGUACACUUCAACUGUGAGAGACGGAAUCUAAAACAGAAAUCCAGAAAAUCACAUUGUAUGAUUUUUAAGUAAUUCAUUUGCAUUUUAUUGCAUGACAUAAGUAUUUGAUCACCUACCAACCAGUAAGAAUUCCGGCUCUCACAGACCUGUUAGUUUUUCUUUAAGAAGCCCUCCUGUUCUCCACUCAUUACCUGUAUUAACUGCACCUGUUUGAACUUGUUACCUGUAUAGAAGACACCUGUCCACACACUCAAUCAAACAGACUCCAACCUCUCCACAAUGGCCAAGACCAGAGAGCUGUGUAAGGACAUCAGGGAUACAAUUUUAGACCUGCACAAGGCUGGGAUGGGCUACAGGACAAUAGGCAAGCAGCUUGGUGAGAAGGCAACAACUGUUGGCGCAAUUAUUAGAAAAUGGAAGAAGUUCAAGAUGAUGGUAAAUCACCCUCGGUCUGGAGCUCCAUGCAAGAUCUCACCUCGUGGGGCAUCAAUGAUCAUGAGGAAGGUGAGGGAUCAGCCCAGAACUACACGGCAGGACCUGGUCAAUGACCUGAAGAGAGCAGGGACCACAGUCUCAAAGAAAACCAUUAGUAACACACUACGCCGUCAUGGAUUAAAAUCCUGCAGCGCACGCAAGGUCCCCCUGCUCAAGCCAGCGCAUGUCCAGGCUCGUCUGAAGUUUGCCAAUGACCAUCUGGAUGAUCCAGAGGAGGAAUGGGAGAAGGUCAUGUGGUCUGAUGAGACAAAAAUAGAGCUUUUUGGUCUAAACUCCACUUGCCAUGUUUGGAGGAAGAAGAAGGAUGAGUACAACCCCAAGAACACCAUCCCAACCGUGAAGCAUGGAGGUGGAAACAUCAUUCUUUGGGGAUGCUUUUCUGCAAAGGGGACAGGACGACUGCACCGUAUUGAGGGGAGGAUGGAUGGGGCCAUGUAUCGCGAGAUCUUGGCCAACAACCUCCUUCCCUCAGUAAGAGCAUUGAAGAUGGGUCGUGGCUGGGUCUUCCAGCAUGACAACGACCCGAAACACACAGCCAGGGCAACUAAGGAGUGGCUCCGUAAGAAGCAUCUCAAGGUCCUGGAGUGGCCUAGCCAGUCUCCAGACCUGAACCCAAUAGAAAAUCUUUGGAGGGAGCUGAAAGUCCGUAUUGCCCAGCGACAGCCCCUAAACCUGAAGGAUCUGAAGAAGGUCUGUAUGGAGGAGUGGGCCAAAAUCCCUGCUGCAGUGUGUGCAAACCUGGUCAAGACCUACAGGAAACGUAUGAUCUCUGUAAUUGCAAACACAGGUUUUUGUACCAAAUAUUAAGUUCUGCUUUUCUGAUGUAUCAAAUACUUAUGUCAUCCAAUAAAAUGCAAAUUAAUUACUUAAAAAUCAUACAAUAUGAUUUUCUGGAUUUUUGUUUUAGAUUCCGUCUCUCACAGUUGAAGUGUACCUAUGAUAAAAAUUACAGACCUCUACAUGCUUUGUAAGUAGGAAAACCUGCAAAAUCGGCAGUGUAUCAAAUACUUGUUCUCCCCACUGUAUGUAGUCUGACAAAAUCACAAUUUUAGUAGUUCUUCAAAGUAAACAAAGCAUACUUUUAUGACUGCUGAAUACCAGCUAUCAAUCACUUAUGUAUUUUCAGGUAGAGAUACCUCACAAAGAAACUGCUCUCUGUGUAUCCCCUCUUGAUCUUGCAUUCUUCUGUCUCAGGCGUAAAAGAAACACAGACCGGACAAGUUUAGCCGCGCAAUGGAUUAUGGUCAUUGUUGUUAGUUUAGCGCAGAAAAUGUGAUAAUUUGUAGAACAUUGGCCUGUUGGAAACUACAACUCCCUACUACAUCGCACAGUCCGGGCAUGAUCUGAUUUAUCUGUUGAGAAACUGCAACGCAAUGUGCACAUUGAGGUCACCAGAAAAAAACAGAAAGAAAUGGAAUUCAAAUAAUUGAACCGACGUUGGUCAAUUAUUUGUUUAAAACCCGAGACAUAACCGACAUUUCGGUUAAUCGCUCAGCCAUAGCUGUUUGUAAUGACCUGAAAUUUCAUCCUGUUUUAGUGGGAUGGAGUUUUGGCCAAAAAUGUGUUAAUAGACAUAUUUUAGGCCAAACAAGUGGUAAAUUAGGCCACAUAGGUGGUACAUUAGUUAAUAGACCAAUAAGAAAGAGUUCCAAACAGGUCUGCCAAUAACAGUUUAUCUUCAGUUUUCCCCUCCCCACUCAGACCACUCUGAAAAUCCUAGCAAAUUUGUUACUUGAGAAUUUGUCUUUGCUAAGAAGCUAUUUUUGUUUCUUUUUAACCAUUUUUAUUGGAAACAAUCGCAGUCAGGUAUUUUAAUUGUUACUCAGAAAUAAUUUGAUAUUGAGAUAAAAACUGCUGCUUUGGACCUAUAAGAUAGUACUUUAUUAAUCCCCAAAGGGGAAAUUUGAUUGCACUAGCCAAUGCAUAUUGACACCAAUACAUUCUUGUCUUUCUCUUCAUACCCGGGGCUGCUGCAGCUGCAGGAGCUGUCCAGACUAAAGCCUCUGAAAAACCUAACAGAGCUGACUGUGGCAGAGAACCCUAUAGCCAAUCUCCCCCAUUACCGUCUCUUCCUGGUUUUCCACCUGAGGUCACUUGAGAUGCUGGACGGACAGCCUAUCAGCCAGGAAGAGAGAGAGCAGGCCCACCAGCGGUUUCAAAUGGGUACAUUACAGAGUUGCACAAUCCCUGCUUAAAACCCUGAAAGGGUCUCAUGACUAGAUGAGCAUUUUGUAUAUUUUAGAAAGCUGGUGUGUAUUCAUUAGUGCAAACCGUAGAAAAUGUUUUGCAACAGGGUAAAAUCUGAGCCUUUCUUAUUGGACAAAUUCAGCUUAGUCCCUCCCCAUUUUGGCCCGUUUGCUUCUGUUAGGUUCCUAGUGAAUAUACAGUACCACACUUAACGUUGUUUUCUAGUUGGCACUGUCAUUGAAAAUGGCAACUCUUUUCCUGCUGUGGUUGCAGAGGAGAUUGAGCGUCUGGAGCAGGACCUGGAGUGUCGUGUGGCAGAGAUCGGGAGGCUGCAGAGUGAGCAGGCGGUUGCAGUGGAGGAGCUUGAACAGCAGGAUGCGCUCAUUGACCAACUGCAGCUGAAGAGCCUGCAGGAACAGCACUGUCAGGCCCAGCAGGAGCAGGAGCUGGACACCAAGACAGAGCUGGUGGGCAUUUAUCUCAACACGCACACACUCAAACACAGACAGACAGAGAGAUAGACACACACACACACCAGGGUUUCCGUUAGGAAAAUGUGGUGCCGGACAACGUGACCGGUAAGAGAAAUUUACCGGACCAAUAUGCAUUGGGUGUGUCUCAAUAGGGAGGCUACCCACGGGGCUCAGAAUGACAGAAAUCGCAUUUCGAUUAUGGUAAUUCAUCAUAUAAUACCAUGAAGCUCCUGUAAUGAAGCAGCCAAUAAAAUGUCAUUUUCAAACAUUUGCCAAAAUACCAUUUGUGGGAAAACAUCAUUCUAAACAACGCACCUGAUGCGAGCGGUAUAUGACAGAGAUGAACAUCUUCGUUAGAAACUUGGAAGGGGGUGAAUCUAAAGAUUCAACAACUAGGAUGGGUUGCUAAUAUGACUAGGAUUGUGCCUUUUGGCUUCUGGACAACGAAAGAAAGUGGAUAUGGAACCAAUAGAACAGGAGAGAAAUGGCAUAUGAGGAAGUCUUUCAUAGGCUCGCGUGGCAAAAGGCCUAGCUGAUUAUUGAGUUGUGGCUGUAAGUGAAAAGCAUCUAAAAUAUGUUUCAUUUUGUGAAUUGUUUGCCCUUUGUUUAUUUGAAUACAUUCCCUAUUACAUAUGUCACCAAUAGUAAAUGUACCGUUAGUCCCCGUAAUUUGGUUACAUAAGUUUUUGUUAAUGCAUUGUAUUACUAAUUAGGCCUAAUGUUAUUUACCGUUUUCAUUCUCGGCGUGGAAACGUUGUUUGCAGAGUUCACAACCUGCUACACUUGUGAGAAACAAGUUUUGGUUUAUUUCAUAACCAUCAUUUACCACUUGUCAAUUUUUUCAAUGUCUUUUGUUUUGAGAGCUCCAUGUGAGCAAUGUUCAUGGGUCUGGUUUCUCGGUCUUGUUAAUGUUGAGGGAGCGCGCGCCUGAGCACACAUAGAAGUAGCCUACCUGGCCUGCAGCGAAUAAAUGUACUAAAAUGCCCAUUUGGGUAUGUUUGAUUUCUGAUUGUCUUAUGUCACCACGUCCACCACUAAUAAGCUGAGCUUCUCAGUCGUUUUUUUCUUCACCUCACACAGUAAGUCAUCAAAGUCUGUUUUUUAAAUAUCCAUUGCGAAUGAUAGCCUAAUAAUUCCUCACAGUAGGCCUAUUUGAAAAAUCUUUCCAAUAAUCUCCCUCUCGGUAAUCACCAAGCCUCGGUGUGAAAUAGCAAAAUAUCAUCAUCUGAUGAUCCCAUAUAUCCAGUGGAAGCAUCAUAAAAUAGCUUUCCCUUGCGCAAAAACAGCUGUCUGUCCCACGGAAAACUCAGAGGGCCUGGAAUAGGCUAGUUGAUACAAUGUUGCACUUCACUAGCAAUAGUUCAAGACAGAUAGAAAUGCAGGCAGACAGGCUGUAGAGCGAUGAAUGUGAUUCAAAGAACCAAAUAAUUUAUCAUAUUUUCUACUGUUUUUAUUUGUCGGCUUCAUGUAUUUUUACUUGGUUGACAAUGGCCAGUAUGAAAAAAAAAAAUAUAUAUAUAUGCACUCACUAACUGUAAGUCGCUCUGGAUAAGAGCGUCUGCUAAAUUACUAAAAUGUAAAAUGUAAAUGUAUAAGCCAACGGCUACAUUGGCCAUCUCUGCGUUCCAUGCGCUCAUUUAGGCUAGUGUGAAUUUGGAAAGUAUUCAGACCCCUUGACUUUUCCCCCAUUUUGUUACAUUACAGCCUUAUUCUAAAAUUUAUUAAAUAAAUAAAAAUCCUCAUCAAUCUACACACAAUACCCCAUAAUGACAAAGUGAAAACAGGUUUUUAGAAAUCUUUGCAAAUGUAUUAAAAAUAAAAAAAAUACCUUAUUUACAUAAGUAUUCAGACCCUUUGCUAUGAGACUCGAAAUGGAGCUCAGGUGCAUCCUGUUUCCAUUGAUCAUCCUUGAGAUGUUUCUACAACUUGAUUGGAGUCCACCUGUGGUAAAUUAAAUUGAUUGGACAUGAUUUGGAAAGGCACACACCUGUCUAUAUAAGGUCCCGCAGUUGACAGCGCAUGUCAGAGCAAAAACUAAGCCAUGCAGUCGAAGGAAUUGUCCGUAGAUCUCCGAGACAGGAUUGUGUCGAGGCACAGAUCUGGGGAAGUGUACCAAAAAAAAUCUGCAGCAUUGAAGGUCCCCAAAAACACAGUGGCCUCCAUCAUUCUUAAAUGGAAGGAGUUUGGAACCACCCAGACCCUUCCUAGAGCUGGCCGCCUGGCCAACCUGAGCAAUCGGGAGAGAAGGGCCUUGGUCAGGGAGGUGACCAAGAACCCCGAUGGUCCCUCUGACAGAGCUCCAGACUUCCUCUGUGGAGAUGGGAGAACCUUCCAGAAGGACAACCAUCUCUGCAGCACUCCACCAAUCAAGCCUUUACGGUACAGUGGCCAGACGGAAGCCACUCCUCAGGAAAAGGCACAUGACAGCCCACUUGGAGUUUGCCAAAAGGCACCUAAAGGACUCUCAGACCAUGAGAAACAAGAUUCUCUGGUCUGAUGAAACCAAGAUUGAACUCUUUGGCCUGAACGCCAAGCGUCACGUCUGGAGGAAACCUGGCACCAUCCCUACAGUGAAGCAUGGUGGUGGCAGCAUCAUGCUGUGGGGAUGUUUUUCAGCGGCAGGGACUGGGAGACGAGUCAGGAUCGAGGGAAAGAUUAACGAAGCAAAGUACUGAGAGAUCCUUGAUGAAAACCUGCUCCAGAGCGCUCAGGACCUCAGACUGGGGCGAAGGUUCACCUUCCAACAGGACAACGACCCUAAGCACACAGCCAAGACAACACAGGAAUGGCUUCAGGACAAAUAUCUGAAUGUCCUUGAGUGGCCUAGCCAGAGCCUGGACUUUAACCCGAUCGAACAUCUCUGGAGAGACCUGAAAAUUGCUGUGCAGCGACGCUCCCCAUCCAACCUGACAGAGCUUGAGAGGAUCUACAGAGAAGAAUGGGAGGAACUCCCCAAAUACAGGUGUGCCAAGCUUGUAGCGUCAUACCCAACAAGACUCGAGGCUGUAAUCGCUGCCAAAAGUGCUUCAACAAAGUACUGAGUAAAGGGUCUGAAUACUCAUGUAAAUGUCAUAUUUCAGUUUUUGUUAUUUUUAUGAAUUUGCAAAAAAAUUAUAAGCAGUGUUUGCUUUGUCAUUAUGGGGUAUUGUGUGUAGAUUGAUGAGGAAAUAAAAAAACAUUUUAGAAUAAGGCUUUAACGUAACAAAAUGUGGGAAAAGUCAAGGGGUCUGAAUGCUUUCCGAAUGCACUGUAUAUAGCCGCCAAUGAUCACGGUGUAUCAGUGUGUCUGUAUGGCAGAGGCUGGUGCUCUCACAUUAGUUACAUUUUUUUGUUUGAAUUUUGAGAAACCUACAUUUUAUUUUUGAAAUGAAACUGUUUCUAGAAGAUGCAUAUAAUGGUAGGAUAAAUUGUUAGCUUUCCCAAACUUGAAACUCAUGCGCCUCCUAUGAAGUCUUUAUAAAAUAAUUGCCUCUGUGUUUCUAUGGUCGGAUUUUCAAACAAGGUAAGACAUGCCUCAUAAUAUGAUGUAAAAUAUUCAGGUUUCAAACAAUUAAUUAUGUUUUCAAAAUGCAUACUGCUCCAGCUCACAUUUUAGAGUGGUGGGUGAUGUGCUGAAAGCCUGCCUACCUUUUGUUUUUUCUCCUGGUCAAUUUGGCCGGCAACAAUUGAAUUUAUCGGCUUUUAAUUUUUUUUAUUAGGCAAAAGCCGGCAAUUACCGGCUAAUUGAAAUCCUGACACACACACAAACAUACAGAUUCUCAUAUACAGUACCAGUCAAAAGUUUGGAGACACCUACUCAUUCCAGGGUUGUUCUUUAUUUUUACUAUUUUCUACAUUGUAGAAUAAUAGUGACGACAUCAAAACUAUGAAAAAACACAAAUGGAAUCAUGUAGUAACCAAAAAAGUGUUAAACAAAUCAUUAUAUAUUUGAGAUUAUUAUAAAUAGCCACCCUUUGCAUUGAUGACAGCUUUGCACACUCUUGGCAUUCUCAAAUGAUAGUCCCACUAAGCCCAAACCAGAUGGGAUGGCGUAUCACUGCAGAAUGCUGCGGUAGCCAUGCUGGUUAAGUGUGCCUUGAAUUCUAAAUAAAUCACUGACAGGGUCAUCAGCAAAGCACCCCCACACCAUCACACCUCCUCCUCCGCGCUUCACAGUGGGACCAUACAUGCGGAGAUCAUCCAUUCACCAACUGUGCGUCUCACAAAGCCACGGCGGUUGGAACCACAAAUCUCAGAUUUGGACUCCUUACCAAAUAACACAUUUCCACCGGUCUAAUGUCCAUUGCUCCUGUUUCUUGGCCCAAGCAGGUCUCUUCUUCUUAUUGGUGUCCUUUAGUAGUGGUUUCUUUGCAGAAAUUCGACCAUGAAGACCUUAUUCACACAGUCCCCUCUGAACUGUUGAUGUUGAGAUGUCUGUUACUUGAACUCUGUAAAGUAUUUAUUUGGGCUGCAGUUUCUGAGGCUGGUAACUAAUGAACAUCCUCUGCAGCAGAGGUAACUCUGGGUCUUCCAUUUCUGUGGCGGUCCUCAUGAGAGCCAGUUUCAUCAUAGCGCUUGUUGGUUUUUAUGACUGCACUUGAAGAAACUUUAAAAGUUCUUGACAUUUUCCGUAUUGACUGACCGUGUCUUAAAGUAAUGAUGGACUGUUGUUUCUCUUUGCUUAUUUGAGCUGUUCUUAACGUAAUAUGGACUUGGUCCAAACUUUUACCAAAUAGGGCUAUCUUCUGUAUACCCCCAUACCUUGUCACAACACAACUGAUUGUCUCAAAUGCAUUAAGAAGGAAAGAAAUUCCACAAAUGAACUUUUAACAAGGCACACCUGUUAAUUGAAAUGGAUUCCAGGUGACUACCUCAUGAAGUUGGUUGAGAGAAUGCCAAUAGUGUGCAAAGCUGUCAUCAAGGCAAACGGUGGCUAUUUGAAGAAUCUCAAAUAUAUAAUAUAUUUUGAUUUGUUUAACACUUUUUUGUUACUACAUGAUUCCAUAUGUGUUAUUUCAGAGUUUUGAUGUCUUCACUAUUAUUCUACAAUGUAAAAAUAAAGAAAAACCCUUGAAUUUGUAGGUGUGUCCAAACUUGUUACUGGUAGUGUAGGAAGGAGCUCUUUGAACUACGAUGCAUUUACGUGUCCUCUAACCUCUUCCUUCCUUCCUCUUCAUCUUUCUCCCUUGUCUUUCUGUGCCCAUAUCUAUUUUCCCGGCCUCUAGUUUCUCCUUGCACAUCAAUUCUGUCCCCUUUCCUGAAGGUAGUAUUGCAUGGUGUGGUAUAGUGUGUACAGAAUGUGAAGUAUUUUAGUUUUAUUGCAUACAGAAGUCCUGUACCCAGGUAGCGUCAAACAAAAAAGUCACUAACCUUUUCAAAUGCCUUGGCCAAUAUUCAUAAAGUGUCUCAGAGUAGGAGCGCAGGUCCUCGCUCUCCAUUAACUUGUAUUCAUUAUGAUAUAAUAGGCUAAACUGAUCUCAGAUCAGUACUUCUACUCUUUAUGAAUACAGGCCAUGAUCAUGUCUUUAUCAAUUUUUCUCAUUUUGCUCUUUGCAUGAAUUUUCUGUUUUGUUUUCCCACUGCUUCUCGGUCUCUUCAGCCUCCUUCAUUGCCUGCUCCUCUACUGGAUGCUAUUUGUCAGGUACUCUGAAGACACACACACAGAUUCCUGUGAACCCAAUACCUACUGCUGACCCAUGUCCUUGUUUAAAUGUCCAUGACUCUUCUGUCCAUUCAGGUUCUCACUCACAGAGCACUCUCAUGUUUGCCAGCAUGUUGUUUGUUGUUUUUGUUUGUUUACCUCAUGUUUCAGAUUAAAUGUAAAGAUGAUGAUAGAUUCUGCCUGUUUUAUCUAGGUUUGAUUUUAUGUGGUCAAAGCUAGUAUAAUAUACAGGCAGAUAGCAGCUGCUUUUAGAUAGGCUAUUAUACUGAGCAGUGACUUACAUGGGAUUGACCACCAUCGUAAUGAGCUAUAUUUUUCGGAAAGUCCAAAAAUAUCGCAAUGCAUUCCAUUCUAAUAUGCAGUGAGUGUAUGAUGCUUUUCUUCAAUGUGUUUGUGAUAUCUGUGUUUGUGAUAUCUCUGUAUAAUCUCUAUACUGUAUGGCCAUAUUGACAGCUGAAACAGAAGACAAUGGAGCUGACGCGAGCAUGCCAGAAGCAGUAUGAGCUGGAGCAGGAGUUAGCCUUUCAGAAGAUCGACGCCAAGUUUGAACCAUAUCCCUAUUACCCAGACCAUGUGAGUGCAUCCAUCCAGACCCCUCAUGAGCCAUCUCUUCAUUCAGUUGUUUCCUUAAGUUCCGCCGACAAUGGCACCCUAUUCAAAUCAAAUCAAAUCACAUAUUAUUUGCCACAUGUGCCGAAUACAACAGGUGUAGACCUUACAGUGAAAUGCUUACUUACAAGCCCUUAACCAACAAUGCAGUUUUAAGAAAUAUAAGUGUUAAGUAAAAAAUAGAUGAGUUAAAAAAUAACAAAUAAUUAAAGAGCAGUAGUAAAAUGUAGGGAGGCUUUACACAGGGGGUACCGGUACAGGGUCAAUGUGCGGGGGGCACAGUGCAAUUCCCUAUGAACUAUACACUGAGUGUACAAAACAUUAAGGACACCUGCUCUUUCCAUGACCUAGACUGACCAGGUGAAUCCAGGUGAAAGCUAUGAUCCCUUAUUGAUGUCACUUUUUAAAUCUGAUUUAAUCAGUGUAGAUGAAGGGGAGGAGACCGGUUAAAGAAAGAUUUUUAAGCCUUGAGACAUGGAUUAUGUAUGUGUGCCAUUCAGAGGGUGAAUGGGCAUGACAGUGGAUUUAAGUACCUUUUGAACAGGGUAUGGUAGUAGGGGCUAGACGCACCGGUUUGUGUCAAGAACUGCAACGCUGCUGGGUUUUUCACACUCAAUAGUUUCCCGUGUGUAUCAAGAAUGGUCCAUUACCCAAAGGACAUCCAGCCAACUUGACACAACUGUGGGAAGCAUUGGAGUCAACAUGGGCCAGCAUCCCCGUGGAACGCUUUCGACACCUUGUUGAGUCCAUGCCCAGAGAAAUUGAGGCUGUUCUGAGGACAAAAGUGGGGGGUGCAACUCAAUAUUAGGAAGGUGUCCUUAAUGUUUUGUACACUCAGGAAAUAAAAUACCAUUUCGGAUGCACCCUUAAGAUCUGCAUGAAUUCAUGAUUAAUUUCCCCUCUCUCUCACCAGGAGUUGGAGGCAGAGAGCGUGCUGGAGGAAAGCCCUUACAUUGGAAAGGCACGGCACAAGAGGAACGCGGUGGCCUCAGAUGGCAUCCAGAGUCAUCAGAUGGAAACUGCAGGCCACACAGAGACAGACAACCCCGGGCAAGAUGCGUCCAAGAUCAGCUCCCGAGACUGCAGCCAAGAACAGACUAAAGGUACAGAAGAGGGAAAAUGGUAAAGUUCGCCCUACUAGAUGCUGAUCUUGGGUCAGUUAUGCUUUUUUCCAUCUAAUGGGUAAGGUUAGGAUUGGAGGAGGGGAAGCUGAUAUGGUAACACAACAAGAUUUUCCUACUGUCUGCAUCACCCUGCCGAUGUGAAGUGAACUGACGAUGUGAGUGUUAGGUGAGGUGUAGUUAGGUGAGUUCUUGUUUGUGUGACUGUGUCCCCAGCCGAGCAGCGUCUGCAGCAGUUGCACAGGGAGAUCGAGGAGGCAGAACAGCAUGUCCUCAGGGCCGGUAGAGAGCUUCGCCAGCUGGAGGAGACGCUCUCCCAGAAACAGGUGAGACACCGGCGAAGCUCGGCUCUCCUAUUGUCUGUGUCCCAAAUGGCACCCUAUUUCCUAUAUAGUGCACUACUUUUGUCAAAAUUAGUGCACUUGGUCAUUCCAUGAAAUUAGUCCCUUUUUGGUAGUGUAACUUGGUGAUUUUGUUUAAUAUUUUUUUUACCUAAUUUUAACAUUCUGUCAUGAAGAGCACAUGCUCAACUUAAUAAAAAACAUGUUUUCCCAUUUCAAGAAGUUCAAAUCAAUAAAAUGUUACUGUAGUAAGUGCCAAAUAAAGUGACAGGGUUGACGGUAACAUCUCAAAUCAGCCAUAAAUCCCCUUGACGGGGUAUGGAAGCUUGUUGUGUGCAACAGGGAAGGGCAAUUGAAUGAGUAGAACCAGCUCACCUGCUGUUACGCUAUGAUUUGACUAUUAGAGGAAUAGUGUCACCAUAUUAAAAAUGUAAAGUCCCCUGUUUAGGGGACCUGCGUUGGUUCUGGUACCGGUUCCAACCUUCAUCUUUGCUUAUAAAUUGAUCUGUGGACACCGUAGAUCGAAAUGGCUUGCAUUGCACACAGUAGUAUGUUUUUAUGCGCCUAUGUGAUGUAUGAUGUGAAAUCUGAAACCACUUGAAGCUGGGAUUUCCCUCCUACCAUUUAAUUCGCUCUUCUGACUGUCCAUAAACUCCUGGCUGAACCAUACGUCACAGCCACUGACAAAGCACAUGCCUGCAAUCUUUACAUCGUAGCACAGCAGGGGAGAGUGGUUCCAUCCCUAUAGCACAUUCAGAGAUUGAUUUAUAGCCAUUAAUCUAAAAUAAUUCAUAGAUUUUAAACAAAAAACACUGUGUUAUAGAUGGACAUAUAUAUUAAUAGGAGUUGAAAGGUGAGUUCCUAACGAGUUCAGGAUGCCAUGCUAGAGCUCUGUGUGACGUUCACAGCGAUGGGGGCUGAUGUUUUGAUCAAGAGAGACCUUUAGAAAAUAUGCACAUUUUCUCUUAACACUAAACAUACAAAUAUGUAUUUUACAGUUAUAAGGAAGGUGAAAUCUUAUAGUUAGUGGUUUUAUAAUUUCAUUAUACUAUAUUUAGAAAACAUAUAAGUAAUUUCAAUCCUUAUUCAUAGUUUUGUUGAAUAGGAAAUACGCCAUAAAAUAUUUCCGAUUUUUGUCUUAUUUGUACUGUGUACUAAAUCGGUCUUCUUUUAAAAGCGGUUGGAUGCGUCUGAUUAUUCAUUAAUUAUUCAACAGCAGUCGACAAGUUUGUUCUGGCUCUGAGGCCUAGAUUGUGUAAAUGUUCCAACCCUAUCCAACCUGGCGUAGUAUAAAUAGAUACAGAAUAUUGUCUUAAUUUAUAGACUAAUCAACGCUGAUAAAUAGGCUAUGGAAAUGUUGCGUGUAUUUGUUUCUAUUUUAAUGACUGUCAAUUUCAUCUUCAUACUAUCGCAUAGCUGCCUCUCUCCUCUUCAUGCUUUCCUUGUCAAUUCAUUAUCUUAUAGCCUACUUUUGGAAAGGUAAGCCUAGGUUAAAAAAAAAAUACAAUUUUAAGGAAAGCAUAAACGUUUGCUCUUGUGUCUGACAUACAGUAUGCUGUUGGCUUUGAUUGACAGGUCCUUUUUACGGGGGUGUGCGUGUGUGAGUUCGCUGAUUCUCUCUAUAGGCCUAUAUGUCUAUUCACAAAGUUUCCUAAAGUAGCCUAGCCUGUCUGGACUCUAUCUCUUUAAUAGGAAUCAAACGCUCCUCAAGUCCGCUUUUUUAAUUUUUUGAAUAAUUUGGGAAGACAAUUUUUUAUAUGGACACGUUUAGUUUAUGACGCCGUUCACACCAAUUGCGGAAUAUCGGCCUGCCACAAUCCGUCAAUUAUUUAUUCCAAACAGGUUUGAUAUUUGCGUCUUUUCGCAUGGGAAAAUAAGACGUUGACCAAUAGAAAUUGUUAUCUGGGCACUGCCACUGACAGGUCUGUGGGUUCGUUUUUUACGUUUGCAGUGCAUCAGUGCAGCAAGGUAUCAAUUUAGCCAAUAUGAUCACAUCACACCAGAGCUAGGCUACAUAGUAUAGGCCUGCCAAAGUGAAUCUAGGCCACCAUAAAAGACAGAGAAAACAAAAUCUGCCCUUAUCAAUAAGUGGUUGCACAGAUUUCGAUAAAGCACUCAAAUUCAAAUGUAGUGUCAACAUAACCACCCAUUGCUUCACUAAAAUGUAUCAAUGGCUGAUCAUUAGGCUAUGGACAGGUUGCAUGCAUGUGUUUCUAUUUUCUAAUGGUUGUCAAUUUAAUCUUCCUGCCUAUCACAGCUUUCUCUAUAUAUCCCUCUUAAAACUUUCCUUUCCAAUUUAUAUGAUAGGAUAAGAUUUAGCAUUAUCCUAUGAUGUAGAGAAUUUUUUGAGUAGCUUCAAAUUCUUUCUGUAGGAUAAGGCACGUUUUUUUUUUUAAUAUGUUUUUGGGAAAGGACAAAUGUGAUUUGCUUAUGCGUCAGAGUGAGAUGCGCUGCAGGUGGCUUUGAUUGAUUGGUCCUUUUAGGUGGGUGGGUGUGCGUGUAUGAAUUGACUAGUUAUCUAUGUCCAUUCAGAAAGUUUCCUAAAAUAGGCCUAGCCUGUCUGGACUUCAUCUCUUUAAUCAGAUAGAAAAACACUGUCUUGUUGCAGGGUCAGCAUGUGCGGAAUGACGACGGUUGCCAGUUUUGUUUUCUCUCUUAUUAAAUGGGGUGCAACUGAAUUAAACGUAGCCACGCUCCUUUCAUGAUUCAUCCUAUAGGAUGCAUAGCCUAUAUCCUAAUAUUUUCAGUAGCAUAUAAUGUUUUCAGUAGUCUAUGAUUUUUCUCUCAUUACGGAGUCCUCUCAAGCCACUUUGAACAACAUAUUGCCACAGAGAAUGACCGCAGCAGCAUUGGUGACGUUAUGAGAAUUAUUCGGAAAAGUGGAAGGAAAAACGCAUCAGACUUGGUGUGAACGGGUUAGUGCAUCAAAAUCGAAAUCUGUAUUGUUUCGGAAUUCCUCUCCAGUCUGACAUUUAUUAAUUUGUAUACUAGACUAAUAUUUAUAGGUAAUAACUUUAAUAAUGAAAUGCUACUGAAAAUAACAAAGUGUAAUGGUAACAGUGAAGUUGCAGGGAAAAGCCACGUGUUUCUUUUUGAGUCUGAUAUGCGCCAAUCCCCCCCCCACCGGUUAUGUCGGUGACUGUGUAGAUUGGCUUGGCCCUAUCCAGAACUUUCUUUUUUAAGAGUGUAAUAACAGUAUCCAGUAGACUCAGAUCUGUUUGGCCUAUUAGAUCAACUCCUCAAUACUCCUUGUCACUCAUGUCAUGCCAAAGAGUUGACAUGAUUGCACAAACAGAUCUGCGACCAGGCUUCAAUAACAGCACUGUUCCACAUCAACUAGCCUAAUCUACUCCCGGACACUUCUAAAAGCCUCUCCUGUCCCAUCCUUCAUCCAGGUGUCUGAGGCAGAGAAAGAGCAACUAAGGCAGCAGCUCCACAGGAGGAUCCAGCAAGUGAGGCAGCUGAGAGACGAGGCGGAGGCUCUGGAGGGCCAGCUGGAGAUGCAGAGAGGGGAAAUGAGCCGAGCCCAGGGAGAGCUGGACCACCUCCAGGGCCUACUCGACACACUGGACCCCAGGGACCCCCAGCAUGUUAGUACUUUAGAUAGCUAGCUACUAGCUCUGGUCCAGGUCAUUAGUGCACAUUCCUCCACUAAUUGCCUGGACCAGAGCUAGCUAUCAGCAUCACUUUACACCACCCGCACCACUGACACACUGCAGAGAAACGUAUUACAUAUUGAAUACGGCAAACUCGCAGGAUACACCACUUUAGAACUUUUUUUAAACUAGUCCGUUCAGUUGCAUACGCUGUUUUAGUACUUUUUUGAACGAAUCCCUAGAGUUGGAUACACUGUAUUCUGGCACUUUAGCAAGUUUUUAUUCAUACUGAAGACGGCAAACUCACAGGAUACACCAUUUUAGAACUUUCCUAAUCUCUUCAGUUGCAUACAUUGUCUUAGCACUUUUCUAAAAUAGUCCCAUCAGCUGGAUACACUGUUUUAGCACUUUUCUAAACUAGUCCCUUCAGUUGGAAUUGAUGCAGCGCUUCAAUAUACAGGGUCGAUGUGCAGGGGUAUGAGGUAGAUAUGUACUUAUAGGUAGGGAUAAAGUGACUAGGCAACAGGAUAGAUAAUAAACAGUAACAGCAGCGAAUGUGAGGAGUCAAAAGAGAUUAGUGCAAAAAGGGUGAAUGCAGAUAUUCCGGGUAGCUAUUGGUUAACUAUUUAGCAGUCUUGUAGCUAACCAGAAUUUGUGCAUCGGUACCGCUUGCCGUGCGGUAGCAGAGAGAACGGUCUAUGACUUGGAUGACUGGACUCUGACAAUUUUUAGGGCCUUCCUCUGACACCGCCUGGUAUAGAGGUCCUGGAUGGUAGGGAGCUCGGCCGCAGUGAUGUACUGGGCCGUAUGCACUACCCUCUGUAGCGCUUUGCAGUCGGAUGCCAAACAGUUGCCAUACCAAGCGGUGAUGCAGCUAGUCAAGAUGCUCUCAAGGGUGCAGCUGUAUAACGUUUUGAGGAUUUGAGGGCCAAUGCCAAAUCUUUUCAGCCUCCUGAGGGGGAAGAGGCGUUGUCGUGCACUCUUCACGUCUGUGUUGUGUGUGUGUGGACCAUGAUACUUCCUUAGUGAUGUGGGCACCAAGGAACAUGAAGCUCUCGACCUGUUCCACAACAGCCCCGUCGAUGUGAGUGGGGGCAUGUUCGGCCCUCCGUUUCCUGUAGUCCAUGAUCAGCUCCUUUGUCUUGCUGACGUUGAUGGAGAGGUUGUUGUCCUGGCACCACACUACCAGGUCUCUGACCUCCUCCCUGUAGGCUGUCUCAUCAUCGUUGGUGAUCAGGCCUACCAUCGUCGUGUCGUCUGCAAACUUAAUGAUGGUGUUGGAGUCGUGCCCGGCCACGCAGUAGUGCGUUAACAGGGAGUGCAGUAGGGGACUAAGCACGUACCCCUGGGAGGCCCCCUUGUUGAGGGUCAGCGUGGUGAAUGUGUUCUUGCCUACCCUCACCACCUGGGCACGGCCCGUCAGGAAGUCCAGGAACCAGUUGCAGAUGGAGGUGUUUAAUCUCAGGGUCCUUAGCUUAUAUAUAUAUAUAUAUAUAUAUAUAUAUAUAUAUAUAUAUAUAUAUAUAUAUAUACAUAUACACAGUGAGGGGAAAUAAGUAUUUGAUCCCCUGCUGAUUUUGUAAGUUUGCCCAUUGACAAAGACAUGAUCAGUCUAUAAUUUUCAUGGUAGGUUUAUUUGAACAGUGAGAGACAGAAUAACAACAAUCCAGAAAAACGCAUGUCAAAAAUGUUAUAAAUUGAUUUGCAUUUUAAUGAGGGAAAUAAGUAUUUGACCCCUCUGCAAAACAUGACUUAAUACUUGGUGGCAAAACCCUUGUUGGCAAUCACAGAUGUCAGACGUUUCUUGUAGUUGGCCACCAGGUUUGCACACAUCUCAGGAGGGAUUUUGUCCCACUCCUCUUUGCAGAUCUUCUCCAAGUCAUUAAGGUUUCGAGGCUGACGUUUGGCAACUCGAACCUUCAGCUCCCUCCACAGAUUUUCUAUGGGAUUAAGGUCUGGAGACUGGCUAGGCCACUCCAGGACCUUAAUGUGCUUCUUCUUGAGCCACUCCUUUGUUGCCUUGGCCGUUUGUUUUUGUUCAUUGUCAUGCUGGAAUACCCAUCCACGACCCAUUUUCAAUGCCCUGGCUGAGGGAAGGAGGUUCUCACCCAAGAUUUGACGGUACAUGGCCCCGUCCAUCGUCCCUUUGAUGCGGUGAAGUUGUCUUGUCCCCUUAGCAGAAAAACACCCCCAAAGCAUAAUGUUUCCACCUCCAUGUUUGACAGUGGGGAUGGUGUUCUUGGGGUCAUAGGCAGCAUUCCUCCUCCUCCAAACACGGCGAGUUGAGUUGAUACCAAAGAGCUCGAUUUUGGUCUCAUCUGACCACAACACUUUCACCCAGUUCUCCUCUGAAUCAUUCAGAUGUUCAUUGGCAAACUUCAAACGGGCAUGUAUAUGUGCUUUCUUGAGCAGGGGGACCUUGCGGGCGCUGCAGGAUUUCAGUCCUUCAUGGCGUAGUGUGUUACAUUUACAUUUGAGUCAUUUAGCAAAGACACUCUUACCAAUUGUUUUCUUGGUGACUAUGGUCGCAGCUGCCUUGAGAUCAUUGAUAAGAUCCUCCCGUGUAGUUCUGGGCUGAUUCCUCACCGUUCUCAUGAUCAUUGCAACUCCACGAGGUGAGAUCUUGCAUGGAGCCCCAGGCCGAGGGAGAUUGACAGUUAUUUUGUGUUUCUUCCAUUUGCGAAUAACUGUUGUCACCUUCUCAUCAAGCUGCUUGGCGAUGGUCUUGUAGACCAUUCCAGCCUUUUGUAGGUCUACAAUCUUGUCCCUGACAUCCUUGGAGAGCUCUUUGGUCUUGGCCAUGGUGGAGAGUUUGGAAUCUGAUUGAUUGCUUCUGUGGACAGGUGUCUUUUACACAGGUAACAAGCUGAGAUUAGGAGCACUCCCUUUAAGAGUGUGCUCCUAAUCUCAGCUCGUUACCUGUAUGAAAGGCACCUGGGAGCCAGAAAUCUUUCUGAUUGAGAGGGGGUCAAAUACUUAUUUCCCUCAUUUAAAAUGCAAAUCAAUUGAUAAAAAUUUUGACAUGCGUUUUUCUGGAUUUUUGUUGUAAUUCUGUCUCUCACUGUUCAAAUAAACCUACCAUUAAAAUUAUAGACUGAUCAUUUCUUUGUCAGUGGGCAAACGUACAAAAUCAGCAGGGGAUCAAAUACUUUUUUCCCUCACUGUACGUACGGUCACUAUAGGGGCAACGUCGUUGAUGCACUUAUUAAUGAAGCUGGUGACUGAUGUGGUAAACUCCUCAAUGCCAUCAGAUGAAUCCCGGAACAUAUUCCAGUCUGUCCUAGCGAAACAGUCCUGUAGUUUAGCAUCUGCUUCAUCGGACCACUUCCGUAUUGAGUGCAUUCUGUUUUUUCUUGUAAGCAGGAAUCAGGAGGAUAGACUUAUGGUCAGAUUUGCCAAAUGUAGGGAGAGCUUUGUAUGCGUCUCUGUGUGUGGAGUAAAGGUGAUCUAGAGUUUUUCGCCUCCGGUUGCACAUGCUGGUAGAUAUGAGAGAAAACGGAUUUCAGUUUUCCUGUAUUAAAGUCACUGGCCACUAGGAGCACCGCCUCUGGGUGAGCAUUUUCUUCUUUGCUUAUGGUCCUAUACAGCUCAUUGAGUGCGGUCCUAGUGCCAGCAUUGGUUUGUGGUGGUACUAUAGACCAGUGGUUCCCAAACUGUGGGGUGCGCCCCCAGGGGUCGGCAGGGGUGGCACAGGGGUCCGGCUUUAAACUUACUCUUGAAAGUUGUAAUAGUUGAAUGCACAAGGUGCAAUUUUGAAAUUGGGUAGUGCAUCAUAAGUUCUUGUCAUGUUAGUCAUUGCAUAUCUCAGAGAGCCAUUUAUAACUUGUCAGAAAUGUCCAGAUCAACUAGCCCAUGUCAGCUAACGUUUUUUUAUUUCGUUUUUUUAGCCCAUAGAUAUUGUUGUAAUUAUUUUGUCACUCAAAUAGCACAAAUACACAUUAGACAUGGCAAAAUGCUCUUGCUGGCAAAAUGCUCUUGCUCUGGCACCCCAAUGGUGGAACAAGCUCCCUCACGACGCCAGGACAGCGGAGUCACUCACCACCUUCCGGAGACAUUUGAAACCCCACCUCUUUAAGGAAUACCUGGGAUAGGAUAAAGUAAUCCUUCUACCCCCCCCCAAAAAAAAAAAUUUGUAAAGUGAUUAUCCCACUGGCUAUAGGGUGAACGCAUCAAUUGGUGAGUCGCUCUGGAUAAGAGCGUCUGCUAAAUGACGGAAAUGUGCCCUUGAGCAAGGCACUUAACCCUAAUUGCUCCUGUAAGUCGCUCUGGAUAAGAGCGUCUGCUAAAUGACUAAAAUGUAAAUGUAAAUGUAAAAUGUAUAGAAUUGCAUGAAAAUUCGCUUUAAAACUGCAACCCAAAAAAUUGCGCCCCAUGACAAAAUGUGUAAAAUUGCAGGAAAUAAGCUUUAAACCUGCAAAAAUUCUCUCCAACAACAAGAGUGGUGUGAACAGUUUGUUUAAUGAGUGCUUGUGUCCAUAGAUAUAGACAUGGGGCGGGGGAUGUUCCCCAAUGCUGGAAGGGGGACCCCGGGUGAAAGAGUUUGGGAACCCCUGCUAUAGACAGCUACGGAAAAUAUAGAUGAAAACUCUCUUGGUAAAUAGUAUGGUCUACAGCUUAUCAUGAGGUAUUCUAACUCAGGCGAGCAGAACCUCGAGACUUGCUUAAUAUUAGAGAUUGCGCGCAAGUUGUUUGUAAGAGACACCCACCCCCUCCUCUGAGCUUCCCAGACGCAGCCAUUCUGUCCUGCUGAUGUAUAGAAAAACCAUCUCGAUUUAUAUUUACCAUGUCGUUGUUCAGCCACGACUCUGAGAAAUAUAGGAUAUUACAGUUCUUCAAAUCACGUUGAUAGGAUAGUCUCAAACGGAGCUCAUCCAGUUUAUUCUCCAGUGAUUGCACUUUUGCCAAUAGAACGGACGGUAGAGGCAAUUUAUCCACUCUCCGACAUAGUCUCGUCAGGUAUCUAUAGCGUCGUCCCCUCAUUCAAGUGUCGGGGAUUUGGGCCUGGUCCGCGAUAAUCAAGUCCUCGCCAAAUGGAGGUUAGUGAUAGCUGUUCUGAUGUCCGGUCUCUCUUUUCGGUCAUAGGAAACGAUGGCGGAAACAUUAUGUAAAAAUUUUUAAACAAGGCAAGAAAAAACACAAAAUAGUACAAUUGGUCAGGAGCCCAUAAACGGCCUCCGUUCCCUCCAGCGCCAUUUAUUAAUUACUCUGAUAAUUCAUACUCUGUAAUAUAUAUUCGAUUUACACCAUCAACAAAAAAAUAUGUGUAUUUUAGCAGACGCUCUUAGCAGACACUUUUAUCAAGAGCAACUUACAGUUAAUGCAUUCAUCUCAAGAUAGCUUGGUGAGACAACCACAUUUCUCAGACAUAGGAAGUUGUUACCAGUGAACUGAGUAUGGGCAGAGGCAGGGUCUUUUCCUUUAUACCCAAAACACAACAGCCCUUUGUUUGUGUCUUUAUAACGCCUCCUGGGCAGGCAGACAGUCUCAUACUCAUUGUUUUGUUUUAGGUCGAGGCUGCACAACCUGCUUCCCAAGAGAAAUAACAUUAGCUAAUUGGCAGGUCACGGUGACAUCCAGAAGGUUUGACCAAUAUUACAAGUUAUUUCUUGCUUGCAUAACCUACAUGAAACAUUUAGCCCUGUUUACACAUUACAUUGGAAAUGAAUGUGUUUUAAACUUUCAACCACAGUUAGCAUAACACUAUAGGGAUAUUAUAUUGCAGAAAAACGACACGUGAAGAAUGUUAAAAGGAGGUUUAGAGAAGGGGAAAAGGCACCUUCGGGGGGCAGGAAGAACACAGGUUGCGCAGCCACUCCUUUUGGUUUAGUUGUCCCUCCUGGUCGUGGACUUUAAUCAUAUAUUUCCAGAAAAUAUUCUCCUUAUGUGUUCUUAUUUCUCUUGCCAAAACGUUUUGAACUGUUUUCAACAUACAUGAAGAUGCACAUGUAAUCGAAAUCCAUAAAAAGUAACAUAUUUCAUUUGUUGAAUUUCGGCCACAAACAUAGAAGUAACAAAUUGCUAUAUUUAUUUAGCACCUGCAUUUGUCAAAGCUUAACUCGACAGACCUCUCAGAAUAAUUCAUUAUUUUUACCCCACCUAUGGGAAUUCUGGGGGGAUUAUUCCAUGGAAACAACAAGUGAGAAAAGGGGGCUGCUGUGCCUUUAAGAGAAGUCGGAGAGUUCUCUGGGGAAUCACCAUAGAGGGCAGGGAAAGAGAACUUGCCUCACUCCCGUCACAUGCCAGGGGCAUUGUCAUAGCCUAUCCCUGCACGUUUAUUGGUCGACAGGGUGGCUUCCUGUGUUGAUUCAAAGAGAGAGAGUGGAGUAGAUGAGGGAAGGGGGUUAGGAGGCGUGCUCAGGGUGUGGGGACUGAAGAGUGAAGUCCGAAAGAAGGAAAGGGAAACUUCAGCCCCUGAGCCAUGUCUUUAGAGCUGGGGGGUUGGAGCUCGCCGUGAGGGAGGGAGUCAGGAAAAUGCAACGUCUUUACCAAGGGGACUCUUGUAGAUUAAGGGGGAGCAGAGCAGAUGAGAGCUGGCUAACCGGAUGCAUCUGCGGGCAUGCAAACCAAAGAGUAAUCUGACUCUGCACUGACUUCUCGUGAGUACCGCAACUUGGCCUUGGUAGGGACUCCCAUCAUUCUUCUGCUUUUUCUCCCCCUCUCAUAUAUUCUUUCACUACUGUGUUCUAAAUCGAAGAGAAUGUUUAAUCAGAAACGUAUUUGUUAUUUCAACCGUUACUAAUAUGUAACAGGACUCUAUUCUGAAGGUUUUCCGAAAAUGUUGUUCUUCCCCUGACUUGAUUUCUUAUUUGCAUCACUCUUCUGUAAACAGGAAAACACUGUUUUUCUUGCUAUUACCUAAAAUUACUGUACUGUUAUAGUUUGACCUACUAAGCCUUUUUACAACACUCUUUUUUUUGGCCGGUACACAGGUCAAAUAUGACAGCCGUCACAUAACAUAAAAUGACCGACUAGUUAUUAUAUUUAGUGAACAAUGUGUAGUGAAUUAGAAUUAGGUUUAUGGUGCAAAUGUCCUUGCUCUGUGAGUGUAACAGAGCUGAAGUAAUGAAUAGGGAAGUUGGCCAGGUCAGGGAGGAUCAAGUAGGGAGCAUAAAAGUCCUCUGCUGCGUUAGUGAGGUGUUAGGUCACUCACAUUCCUCUUACUUUGGUCACCUCUGAUAUGCCAGAGCUAUUGUUUUCACUCUGAAAUAGGGUCAACAUGAUACCCAUAAAUAGAACCUACACAGUUAUGUAAAUGUAAUUGGGAUGUUAGUAUUUUUCUUGCUCUUCAUGGCAUAUGCUCAUGUUUUGUAUCAGUUAACUUACCAUAGACUGCCUCUAUUGAAUGUGAACUAAUGAUAAUACAGAGUUUUGGACCGUUUCGUUCCGCAACCCUUUUGCCAGGAUCCAGUACCUCUCUUGGCAUGAAAAAUAGUUUUCACUGCAAUAUACCCAUUCUGGUAACACUUUACAAUAAGGUUCCAUUUGUAAAGGGUUUACAAAGAGUUGGUAAUUACGUUAUUAACAGUUAUUUAAUCAUUUGUAAAUGCAUUAUAAACCUUUAAUAAAUGCGUUAUAACUUAUUGGUCAAAGGAGUUCAAUUGCCAGUCAGUGCUUGCCAAAUACUAAGCCACUAUUUACCUCCAGCUAUUAACCAUUUAUAAAUUCACUUACAAAUGCGUAUAAUAUUGAACCCUUAUGCAGAGGUGAUUUUAGCAUGUAAAUCUUGGUGGAUGCAUGCCAGCAAAGCCACUACACAACACAACACUAAACAAUACAUUAAUUGCACUAUAACGGUGACAAACUGUGCCCACAAACUGUUAGGGCCUACAUAAAGCUGUCCCAACAGCAGUCCCAACAUCUUACCACUGCUACACCUGGCUAUCAGCCGGAGCCUUGUCUGGCAGCGAAACAGUUCAUUCAUCCUCAUUUACUGUCUUUAAAAAAUACAUAGCUGAUAUGGCUGACUUGCUUAAACAGAUGUGGUUUCUACUGACAAUUGAGAUGUAAAAACUAUGGCAUAAGGGGACGACAAGCGAAUGAGGCAAUCCGUAAUUUUGAUUAAGACAUUAAUGAGCGAGCUAGGGCGGACGUAGUCAAUAUAACUAUUUGUUUAGCACUUUUGAAAUGUACAGUGACAGAAUUCAGAACACGGGCCGUUAGUGUUCUCCCUGUACACCAAGUUAGAACCGUAGGAUACAUAAAGGGGGCAUAUAAGCAGACAAUGAAAGCUCUUAAAAUAUUUGAUGACAUUUCUCUAAAACAGGUUAUAGACUACAUGUGCACCACCAAGUCAGAACAGUAGACAAAAUUAAGCGGGGAAAAUAGACCAAUUAUUAGGGUGAGGCACAUGGGCUACUAACAGUUUACUGUAGUAAGCUGUUAGUAGCCCAUGUGCCUCACCCAUGUGCCUCAUACACAACAUACACUUAGUAUUACUUUCUUAGCUACAGUAUACAUAUCUCCCUGGCAUAUUACAUCAUAUAACGUGAUUUGACGUCAUUUUAUCUGUGGCCAAUGACCUUGAGCCGCCUUUGAUGGGCACUUCUAAUGUAAGUCUAUGGCAGCAACCAUAGGGGCUUGAAUUUUCGAGCUCUGCCCUUAGACUUGGCGGUAACGUAGUGUCCCCAUGAGUGACAGAACACUGAGCCAAUCACGGCGCAACUAGAGAACAUUACCAACACCUACGCUCCGUAUUUUCCACUGGCUGCCCCACCACCACAGAAAGCACUGAGCUAGGCUGAAAAACCUGCAUUUUGGAGCUGCCUUGCUCAAGAAAGCAAAAAAGAGACCAUGUUUGUAUGCGGCUUUAUUAACUAAAUUAUUUUAUUUUUUACAUUGUUUGCUAACUGAUAUGUGACACAUAUUAAUGCCAAAUUAACAUGCAAGGCAAUAUUUGUUUGAUUUCUUUUUUAGCUAAAAAUGUGGGGCUCAAAAGCCCAACCUGCUUGAAUGACGGGUGGGAAUGGGAAAAUGUUUAGAAAGAUACAGAUGAAGACACAGAAGGGGACCAUGUUGUAUUUUAAAGAGUUAAUCUGUAGUCAAUAUCUAUUCUGACUUGUAAUGUUCAAAAUGGGAGAAAGUUAUCUGAAUUCGCUAGGCUACUCACUAUACCAAUAAUAGGCUACAGAUUUGAGUCACUGCAAUUAAAAUUGUUUUCCCAAUGUAUCCUAUUAAAUUACAUUUUGUUCUUACUAUGUAUUGCAUGUAAGGAGAUUAUACGCAGUUAUAAAUAUUUGCAAAUCAUUAUUAAAUGUCCAGAAGGUUUCCACAUUCUUUUAAGCUAUAUUUUUAUAUAUAUAUAAGUUAUAAAUAUUGGUAGGCCUAACUCAUUAAUAAAUGGUCAGUAGGUUUCCACUUUCUUUUAGUUAUCUUUUCAUCAGUUAUAACUGUUGGUAACUAAUUUAAUGGUCAGUGGAUUGCACUUUAAAAUAAUAUAUAAUUUUAGCCUUUAUAAAUGUUGAUAAAGCAGUUAUAAAUAUUUAUUGGUCUGUCACUUUAAAAUAAGGUAUACUUUUAGCAAUUAUUAAUGUGGGUAAAUCAUUUAUAUAUGAUUUGAGAGCUUAGACAUACUUAUAGGCAGUAUUGGGUACUCAUCACUACAUACAGUGAGGGGAAAAAAGUAUUUGGUCACCUGCUGAUUUUGUACGUUUGCCCACUGCCAAAGAAAUGAUCAGUCUAUAAUUUUAAUAGUAGGUUUAUUUGAACAGUGAGAGACAGAAUAACAACAAAAAAAUCCAGAAAAAUGCAUGUAAAAAUUUUUAUAAAUUGAUUUGCAUUUUAAUGAGGGAAAUAAGUAUUUAACCCCUCUGCAAAACAUUACUUAGUACUUGGUGGCAAAACCCUUGUUGGCAAUCACAGGGAUCAGACGUUUCUUGUAGUUGGCCACCAGGUUUGCACACAUCUCAGGAGGGAUUUUGUUCCACUCCUCUUUGCAGAUCUUCUCCAAGUCAUUAACGUUUCGAGGCUGACGUUUGGCAACUCGAACCUUCAGCUCCCUCCACAGAUUUUCUAUGGGAUUAAGGUCUGGAGACUGGCUAGGCCACUCCUGGACCUUAAUGUGCUUCUUCUUGAGCCACUCCUUUGUUGCCUUGGCCGUGUGUUUUGGGUCAUUGUCAUGCUGGAAUACCCAUCCACGACCCAUUUUCAAUGCCCUGGCUGAGGGAAGGAGGUUCUCACCCAAGAUUUGACGGUACAUGGCCCCGUCCAUCAUCCCUUUGAUGCGGUGAAGUUGUCCUGUCCCCUUAGCAGAAAAACACCCCCAAAGCAUAAUGUUUCCACCUCCAUGUUUGACAGUGGGGAUGGUGUUCUUGGGGUCAUAGGCACCAUUCUUCCUCCUCCAAACACGGUGAGUUGAGUUGAUGCCAAAGAGCUCGAUUUUGGUCUCAUCUGACCACAACACUUUCACCCAGUUCUCCUCUGAAUCAUUCAGAUGUUCAUUGGCAAACUUCAGACGGGCCUAUAUAUGUGCUUUCUUGAGCGGGGGACCUGGCGGGCGCUGCAGGAUUUCAGUCCUUCACGGCGUAGUGUGUUACCAAUUGUUUUCUUGGUGACUAUGGUCCCAGCUGCCUUGAGAUCAUUGACAAGAUCCUCCCGUGUAGUUCUGGGCUGAUUCAUCACCGUUCUCAUGAUCAUUGCAACUCCACGAGGUGAGAUCUUGCAUGGAGCCCCAGGCCGAGGGAGAUUGACAGUUCUUUUGUGUUUCUUCCAUUUGCGAAUAAUCGCACCAACUGUUGUCACCUUCUCACCAAGCUGCUUGGCGAUGGUCUUGUAGCCAAUUCCAGCCUUGUGUAGGUCUACAAUCUUGUCCCUGACAUCCUUGGAGAGCUCUUUGGUAUUGGCCAUGGUGGAGAGUUUGGAAUCUGAUUGAUUGAUUGCUUCUGUGGACAGGUGUCUUUUAUACAGGUAACAAACUAAGAUUAGGAGCACUCCCUUUAAGAGUGUGCUCCUAGUCUCAGCUCGUUACCUGUAUAAAAGACACCUGGGAGCCAGAAAUCUUUCUGAUUGAGAGGGGGUCAAACACUUAUUUCUGGAUUUUUUUUGUUGUUAUUCUGUCUCUCACAGUUGAAAUAAACCUACCAUUAAAAUGAUAGACUGAUCAUUUCUUUGUCAGUGUGCAAACGUACAAAAUCAGCAGGGGAUCAAAUACUUUUUUCCCUCACUGUACACGAGAGAAGAUUCAACACUUUGUUAAACAUGUUCAGUCAAUGAAUGGUGGGUAUGAAGACCAAAACAUUCUAUGUUGUGAGAGCAUUUACAAAUGAUAAAAUAAUUGUUUAACGUAAUUAUAACCCCUUUAUAAACCCUUUACAUAUGGAAUCUUAUAGUGUUAACAAAAUAGUAAAUUCUAAUAAAAGCAAUCAGUUAAUUCAAGUUACCUCUGUAAUUCUCCUGCCCCCUAAGAAACGUAAUGUGAACAUACCUGAUAUUCUAAGAAUUGGAUAGAGUUGGGCCUGCCUGGAUUUAUGGUUUGCUCAACAUUGUAGCCUAUAUACCAAUGCCUGGCCAUUGCUGUGGUGAGAGAGAGAAGCGUGCCUGUAUCUCUCACAGAACUAGAAUGACAUUCACUUUCUAUGAUCUCUCUCUGCUCUGAUAGACAUCAGCCUGCAACUCUCAUUUCUCCAGCAUUGCACUUCAUUUAUUUCCACAUAGAAUCAUAGGCACGGGAAGGAUGCUGGAGGUGCCCCAGCACCCCUGAUAAAUGUAAAUACAUUUGUCGAAGUUAUUGAAUUCCUGCUGUCUGUUCAGAAAUAAGUGAAAUAAUUCAGAAGACUACACCAGGAGUAGGCCUAUAAUUUAGCCACAGAGGAUCAAGAGCUUUUAUAUAUAUAUAUACAGUGGGGAGAACAAGUAUUUGAUACACUGCCGAUUUUGCAGGUUUUCCUACUUACAAAGCAUGUAGAGGUCUGUAAUUUUUAUCAUAGGUACACUUCAACUGUGAGAGACGGAAUCUAAAACAAAAAUCCAGAAAAUCACAUUGUAUGAUUUUAAAGUAAUUAAUUUGCAUUUUAUUGGAUGACAUAAGUAUUUGAUACAUCAGAAAAGCAGAACUUAAUAUUUGGUACAGAAACCUUUGUUUGCAAUUACAGAGAUCAUACGUUUCCUGUAGGUCUUGACCAGGUUUGCACACACUGCAGCAGGGAUUUUGGCCCACUCCUCCAUACAGACCUUCUCCAGAUCCUUCAGGUUUCGGGGCUGUCGCUGGGCAAUACGGACUUUCAGCUCCCUCCAAAGAUUUUCUAUUGGGUUCAGGUCUGGAGACUGGCUAGGCCACUCCAGGACCUUGAGAUGCUUCUUACGGAGCCACUCCUUAGUUGCCCUGGCUGUGUGUUUCGGGUCGUUGUCAUGCUGGAAGACCCAGCCACGACCCAUCUUCAAUGCUCUUACUGAGGGAAGGAGGUUGUUGGCCAAGAUCUCGCGAUACAUGGCCCCAUCCAUCCUCCCCUCAAUACGGUGCAGUCGUCCUGUCCCCUUUGCGGAAAAGCAUCCCCAAAGAAUGAUGUUUCCACCUCCAUUCUUCACGGUUGGGAUGGUGUUCUUGGGGUUGUACUCAUCCUUCUUCUUCCUCCAAACACGGCGAGUGGAGUUUAGACCAAAAAGCUCAAUUUUUGUCUCAUCAGACCACAUGACCUUCUCCCAUUCCUCCUCUGGAUCAUCCAGAUGGUCAUUGGAAAACUUCAGACGGGCCUGGACAUGCGCUGGCUUGAGCAGGGGGACCUUGCGUGCGCUGCAGGAUUUUAAUCCAUGACGGCGUAGUGUGUUACUAAUGGUUUUCUUUGAGACUGUGGUCCCAGCUCUCUUCAGGUCAUUGACCAGGUCCUGCCGUGUAGUUCUGGGCUGAUCCCUCACCUUCCUCAUGAUCAUUGAUGCCCCACGAGGUGAGAUCUUGCAUGGAGCCCCAGACCGAGAGUAAUUGACCGUCAUCUUGAACUUCUUUCAUUUUCUAAUAAUUGCACCAACAGUUGUUGCCUUCUCGCCAAGCUGCUUGCCUAUUGUCCUGUAGCCCAUCCCAGCCUUGUGCAGGUCUACAAUUUUAUCCCUGAUGUCCUUACACAGCUUUCUGGUCUUGGACAUUGUGGAGAGGUUGGAGUCUGUUUGAUUGAGUGUGUGGACAGGUGUCUUUUAUACAGGUAACAAGUUCAAACAGGUGCAGUUAAUACAGGUAAUGAGUGGAGAACAGGAGGGCUUCUUAAAGAAAAACUAACAGGUCUGUGAGAGCCGGAAUUCUUACUGGUUGGUAGGUGAUCAAAUACUUAUGUCAUGCAAUAAAAUGCAAAUUAAUUACUUAAAAAUCAUACAAUGUGAUUUUCUGGAUUUUUGUUUUAGAUUCCGUCUCACACAGUUGAAGUGUACCUAUGAUUAAAAAUUACAGACCUCUACUUGCUUUGUAAGUAGGAAAACCUGCAAAAUCGGCAGUGUAUCAAAUACUUGUUCUCCCCACUGUAUAUUUUUAUAUAGCCUAGCUGUGGAUUGUGUGUAGCCCAAUCACAAGGCAUGUCUACAGCGGUGGCGUGUAUUCAUGAAUACCAAGGGAAGCCAGGUGUCACGAUCGUCGUAUACAGAGGAGGACCAAGGCGCAGCGUUGCAGGCAAACAUACUCUUUAUUUAGCGAUUACACGACAAAAUAAACAAAACGAUAACGUGACAGUUCACGGUCUAACACCAACCAACUAGAAACAAGAUCCCACAACCACUGUGGGAAAACAGCCUGUAUAAAUAUGGUUCCCAAUCAGAGACAACCAGCAACAGCUGACACUCGUUGCCUCUGAUUGGGAACCAAUCUGGCCAACAUAGAAAUGCAACUACUAGACAAACAAAUGAAACGCACACCCUGGCUCAACAUACAAGUGUCCCCAGAGCCAGGGCGUGACAGUACCCCCCCCCCUAAAGGCGCGGACUCUGACCGCGUCAACUAAAUACCACAGGGGAGGGACCGGGUGGGCACUCCGCCUUGGCGGCGGAUCCGGCUCCGGGCCUGUUCCCCACUCCCUCUCCAACCCCCCAAAGUACCCCUGGUCCGGUCUGGCCCCGCUGACCGGAGCUGGACUGCACACUGGUGGAGCGGAUUGCUCUAGCUCCGGCGUGAAGCAGCUGACCGGUGCCGGACCAGGCACCGGUGGAACAGGCACGGGCCGUGCCGGACUGACGACGCGUACCAUAGGCUUGGUGCGGGGAGCAGGAGCGGGCCGGAUCGGACUGGCGACGCACACCACUGGCUUGGUGUGGGGAACAGGCACGGGCCGUGCCGGACUGACGACGCACACCACUGGCUUGGUGUGGAGAGCAGGAGCGGGCCGGACCGGGCUGGCGACGCACACCACUGGCUUGGUGUGGGGAACAGGCACGGGCCGUGCCGGACUGACGACGCACACCACUGGCUUGGUGUGGAGAGCAGGAGCUGGCCGGACCGGGCUGGCGACGCACACUACUGGCUUGGUGUGGAGAGCAGGAGCGGGCCGGACCGGGCUGGCGACGCACACCACUGGCUUGGUGUGGGGAACAAGUACGGGCCGUGCCGGACUGACGACGCACACCACUGGCUUGGUGUGGGGAGCAGGAACAGACCGGACCGUACUGGGGACACACACCACUGGCCCUACGCAGGGAUCUGGAACGGGCCGGACCGGACUGGUAACACACCCCAGUACCUCUCGCCGUGCCUCUACACCUUCCUUCCCCUCUUUGACCAGUGGCCCCCGUAACCUGGCGGCCUCCUCUGCCAACCCGCUGGGCUGCUCUAUCGCGGUCUCCUGCUGCCCCGUCGUCCACGGCGUUAGCCCCCCCCUAAAAAAAUUCUGGGCUUCUCUCCUACCCGUGGACCAGGUCUCCAUACUUUUCGCCAGCCUUUCGCCCUUCUGCUUCCUCAUCAAGCCCCUCUCUUGCUCACCCGGCUUGACCCAGUCGAGGAGGCGCUGGAUAUCCGCCAGAUAUUUCCCUGGCGAUGGCUCCUGGACCCGCUGCUUGGUCCAGUCUUGGUGGGAUCUUCUGUCACGAUCGUCGUAUACAGAGGAGGACCAAGGCGCAGCGUUGCAGGCAAACAUACUCUUUAUUUAUCGAUUACACGACAAAAUAAACAAAACGAUAACGUGACAGUUCACGGUCUAACACCAACCAACUAGAAACAAGAUCCCACAACUACUGUGGGAAAACAGCCUGUAUAAAUAUGGUUCCCAAUCAGAGACAACCAGCAACAGCUGACACUCGUUGCCUCUGAUUGGGAACCAAUCUGGCCAACAUAGAAAUGCAACUACUAGACAAACAAAUGAAACGCACACCCUGGCUCAACAUACAAGUGUCCCCAGAGCCAGGGCGUGACACCAGGCUUCCCCCUAAAAUUGACAAAAAUAAAAAACAUAUUAAAAACAUUUCUUUUGUCUCUGUGCUUCAUAAUUGUCCUUCAAUUCGCAAGAGGCUGAAUGUAUCUCAACAGAGAAAGCAUCCGAGCGAGUGAAACAGCGCCCCUCUCUGUAUGUGAAGCCCAUCUAUCUGAUGCUGUCUUGUCAAAAAUAAUAUGAUAUUGUUGAAAGCAUCCAAGCGAGCAAAAUAUAAUAUUAUUUUUGACCAGACACCAUCAGAUAGUUGGGCUUCACAUACAGAGAGAGGGGAGCUGUUUUACUCGCUCUGAUUCUUUCAACAAUAUCAUAUUAUUUCUGACAAGCCAGCGAGCAUUUGGCAUACCUUGGUGAUAAAUAAAAAAUAAUAAUAGCCAAUCAGCGUUGCGCUAAACUGAGUGAGCCCAACUGUGAAUGGUCCUGGCAGAUUAACCAAAAAAGGGUUAAACAAAUAAAAAUAGAUUUUAUAUUUGAGAUUCUUCAAAUAGCCACCCGUUGUCUUGAUGACAGCUUUCCACACUCUUGGCAUUCUCUCAACCAGCUUCAUGAGGUAGUCACCUGGAAUGUGUUUCAAUUAACAGGUGUGCCUCUUUAAAAGUUAAUUUGUGGAAUUUCUUUCCUUCUUAAUGCAUUUGAGCCAAUCAGUUGUGUUGUGACAAGGUAGGGGGGUAUACAGAAGAUAGCUCUAUUUGGUAAAAGACCAAGUCCGUAUUAUGGCAAGAACAGCUCAAAUAAGCAAAAAUAAAUGACAGUCCAUCAUUACUUUAAGACAUGAAGGUCAGUCAAUACGGAACAUUUCAAGAACUUUGAAAGUUCAAUUGCAGUCGCAAAAACCAUCAAGCGCUAUGAUGAAACUGGCUCUCAUGAGGACCGCCACAGGAAUGGAAGACCCAGAGUUACCUUUGCUGCAGAGGAUAAGUUCAUUAGAGCUACCAGCCUCAGAAAUUGCAGCCCAAAUAAAUGAUCUCACUCAAUACAUUUUUAUAGAAAGUUAGCAAAAAUAGGUAAGAUCUUGCUACCAUGGAAAGGUAAAUACCUGUCUAUUUGUGGAAAAAUCACCCUGAUUUAACUCUUUAGUAUUAUCCCAGUUUACCUAUUUGCUUAUGGUCUUGCCUACGCCUAGCUAACAGUUUUUUUAAUUAUAUGAGAAAAAAAGAUUCCAUUUUAUUUGGAACGGCAAGCCAGACAAAAUUAAACGGGCCUAUUUACAGUGCCUUGCAAAAGUAUUCAUCCCCUUGGCGUUUUUCCUAUUUUGUUGCAUUACAACCUGUAAUUUAAAUGGAUUUUUAUUUGGAUUUCAUAUAAUGGACAUAAACAAAAUAGUCCAAACUGGUGACGUGAAAUGAAAAAAAUAACUUGUUUCAAAAAAUUCAAAAAAAUAAAUGACAGAAAGUGUUGCGUGCAUAUGUAUUCACCCCCUUUGCUAUGAAGCCCCUAUACAGUGGGGGAAAAAAGUAUUUAGUCAGCCACCAAUUGUGCAAGUUCUCCCACUUAAAAAGAUGAGAGAGGCCUGUAAUUUUCAUCAUAGGUACACGUCAACUAUGACAGACAAAAUGAGAUUUUUUUUUCCAGAAAAUCACAUUGUAGGAUUUUUAAUGAAUUUAUUUGCAAAUUAUGGUGGAAAAUAAGUAUUUGGUCAAUAACAAAAGUUACUCAAUAUAGACCCUUUGUUGGCAAUGACACAGGUCAAACGUUUUCUGUAAGUCUUCACAAGGUUUUCACACACUGUUGCUGGUAUUUUGGCCCAUUCCUCCAUGCAAAUCUCCUCUAGAGCAGUGAUGUUUUGGGUCUGUCGCUGGGCAACACGGACUUUCAACUCCCUCCAAAGAUUUUCUAUGGGGUUGAGAUCUGGAGACUGGCUAGGCCACUCCAGGACCUUGAAAUGCUUCUUACGAAGCCACUCCUUCGUUGCUCGGGCGGUGUGUUUGGGAUCAUUGUCAUGCUGAAAGACCCAGCCAGGUUUCAUCUUCAAUGCCCUUGCUGAUGGAAGGAGGUUUUCACUCAAAAUCUCACGAUACAUGGCCCCAUUCAUUCUUUCCUUUACACGGAUCAGUCGUCCUGGUCCCUUUGCAGAAAAACAGCCCCAAAGCAUGAUGUUUCCACCCCCAUGCUUCACAGUAGGUAUGGUGUUCUUUGGAUGCAACUCAGCAUUCUUUGUCCUCCAAACACGACGAGUUGAGUUUUUACCAAAAAGUUCUAUUUUGGUUUCAUCUGACCAUAUGACAUUCUCCCAAUCCUCUUCUGGAUCAUCCAAAUGCACUCUAGCAAUCUUCAGACGGGCCUGGACAUGUACUGGCUUAAGCAGGGGGACACGUCUGGCACUGCAGGAUUUGAGUCCCUGGCGGCGUAGUGUGUUACUGAUGGUAGGCUUUGUUACUUUGGUCCCAGCUCUCUGCAGGUCAUUCACUAGGUCCCCCCGUGUGGUUCUGGGAUUUUUGCUCACCGUUCUUGUGAUCAUUUUGACCCCACGGGGUGAGAUCUUGCGUGGAGCCCCAGAUCGAGGAAGAUUAUCAGUGGUCUUGUAUGUCUUCCAUUUCCUAAUAAUUGCUCCCACAGUUGAUUUCUUCAAACCAAGCUGCUUACCUAUUGCAGAUGCAGUCUUCCCAGCCUGGUGCAGGUCUACAAUUUUGUUUCUGGUGUCCUUUGACAGCUCUUUGGUGUUGGCCAUAGUGGAGUUUGGAGUGUGACUGUUUGAGGUUGUGGACAGGUGUCUUUUAUACUGACAACAAGUUCAAACAGGUGCCAUUAAUACAGGUAACGAGUGGAGGACAGAGGAGCCUCUUAAAGAAGAAGUUACAGGUCUGUGAGAGCCAGAAAUCUUGCUUGUUUGUAGGUGACCAAAUACUUAUUUUCCACCAUAAUUUGCAAAUAAAUUCAUUAAAAAUCCUACAAUGUGAUUUUCUGGAGAAAAAAAAUCUCAAUUUGUCUGUCAUAGUUGACGUGUAUUCACCCCCCCUUGGCAUUUUUCCUAUUUUGUUGCCUUACAACCUGGAAUUAAAAUUGAUUUUUGGGGAGUUUGUAUCAUUUGAUUUACCCAACAUGCCUACCACUUUGAAGAUGCAAUUUUUUUUGUGUGUGAAACAAACAAGAAAUAAGACAAAAUAACUACUUGAGCGUGCAUAACUAUUCACCCCCCCAAAGUCACCUUUUGCAGCAAUUACAGCUGCAAGUCUCUUGGGGUAUGUCUCUAUAAGCUUGGCACAUCUAGCCACUGGGAUUUAUGCCCAUUCUUCAAAGCAAAACUGCUCCAGCUCCUUCAAGUUGGAUUGGUUCCGCUGGUGUACAGCAAUCUUUAAGUCAUACCACAGAUUCUCAAUUGGAUUGAGGUCUGGGCUUUGACUAGGCCAUUUCAAGACAUUUAAAUGUUUCCUGUUAAACCACUAGAGUGUUGCUUUAGCAGUAUGCUUAGGGUCAUUAGCCUGCUGGAAGGUGAACCUCCGUACCAGUCUCAAAUCUCUGGAAAACUGAAACAGGUUUCCCUCAAGAAUUUCCCUGUAUUUAGCGCCAUCCAUCAUUCCUUCAAUUCUGACCAGUUUCCCAGUCCCUGCCGAUUAAAAACAUCCCCACAGCAUGAUGCUGCCACCACCAUGCUUCACUGUGGGGAUGGUGAUCUCGGGGUGAUGUUGGGUUUGCGCCAGACAUAGUGUUUUUCUUUGAUGGCCAAAAAGCUCAAUUUUCGUCUCAUCUCGCUCUGGAUAAGAGCGUCUGCUAAAUGACUAAAAUGUAAAUGUAAUGUAUGUAAAUGACCAGAGUACCUUCUUCCAUAUAUUUGGGGAGUCUCCCACAUGCCUUUUGGCGAACACCAAACGUGUUUGCUUAUUCUUUUCUUUAAGCAAUGGCUUUUUUCUGCCCACUCUUCCAUAAAGCACAGCUCUGUGGAGUGUACGGCUUAAAGUGGUCCAAUGGACAGAUACUCCAAUCUCCGCUGUGGAGCUUUGCAGCUCCUUCAGGGUUAUCUUUGGUCUCUUUGUUGCCUCUGAUUAAUGCCCUCCUUGCCUGGUCCGUGAGUUUUGGUGGGCGGCCCUCUCUUGGCAGGUUUGUUGUCGUGCCAUAUUCUUUCAAUUUUUUUAUAAUGGAUUUAAUGGUGCUCCGUGGGUUGUUCAAAGUUUCAGAUAUUUUUUUUGAACCCAAACCUGAUCUGUACUUCUCCACAACUUUGUCCCUGACCUGUUUGGAGAGCUCCUUGGUCUUCGUGGUGCCGCUUGCUUGGUGAUGCCCCUUGCUUAGUGGUGUUGCAGACUCUGGGGCCUUUCAGAACAGCUGUGUGUUUAUAUACUGAGAUCAUGUGACACUUAGAUUGCACACAGGUGGACUUUAUUUAACUAAUUAUGUGACUUCUGAAGGUAAUUGGUUGCACCAGAUCUUAUUUAGGGGCUUCAUAGCAAAGGGGGUGAAUACAUAUGCACGCACCACUUUUCCGUAAUUUAUUUUUUAGACUUUUUUUGAAACAUGUUAUUUUUUUCAUUUCACUUCACCAAUUUGGACUAUUUUGUGUAUUUCCAUUACAUGAAAUCCAAAUAAAAAUCCAUUUAAAUUACAGGUUGUAAUGCAACAAAAUAGGAAAAACGGCAAGUGGGUGAAUACUUUUGCAAGGCACUGUAUUUGCGAGAAAAAAAACAUAUGGGGGAUUGGAAGGGAUGCAGGCAAUUACAUUGAUGGAAGUUACAAUCUAUCUGCAAUAUUAAAGCUGAUCUACCCCCUAAAAAAAUACUAUUUUUUAAUUUUUUUAAAUGUCAAGGUGUCUGAAUACUUUCCGAAGGCACUGUAUGAACCAACAGGUUAUAGAGCAAACAACGUAAUUAUCACAAAACAGGUUGUAAUAUGGCUUUUUUUUCCUUGCUUUGCUUCCCUGUUGAUUUAACCUAUGCACCGCUACUGGUCUACAGUCGGGAACGCGCUGCAAAUAUGUCAGUGAACAGCAUGCAGCCAAAACAGGCCUUUAGCAAUAUUUCAAAUACAAUCGCGGGAAAACACAGAUUCUAAAAGCAAAUGGCUCCUGCUGAACAGUGAGAACUAAUCUGCCUGUAGUCUACCAAAUAUGUUAUCAAGUUCCAAAUAGGCCUAUUGAGCGAACAGCAUUGUUUUAUAAAGUUAAACAAGAGAGACGCUUUUGACACAAGGGCAUCAGGCAUCGCCGGUGAGUGAGCUGUGCAUCAUUGGGUGAGUCAGUGAAACUGGAAAGCUUUUUUUAGGACUAUAAUUUCCUCCUCAUAUUGUACAAUAUACAUCCCCACACGCCUAGGCUAUUGAUGGAUUGACGACAAGGUCGUUUUUAUUGAUCGCAGAUUCUCAGUUUGUCGGUGUCAAAGUAGGCUGUCAUUUCAAUCAUUUGUGAGGUAUUAAAACAAAUUCAGCUAAAGUUUUCAGUCAUCUAAAAUGAUGUAGAAAUGCGUUUAUAAAAAGCAAAAAAAAAUCUGUACCCUAGGCUACCCACUUUUUCCCCCUCGUGUGUGCAACUUCUGCAAGCACCUACUGCUCUAUGCCAGUACGCAAAAGCGAUGAUAAUGCAUGAAAUGCUUUAUGGGUUCCGGUGCCUCAGAGCCCUCCAGGUCACCCAAUUUACAAAUUAAACAUUGAGUAACACAUUAUUACAAACACACAUGCAUUCAUAUUUUCAUUACAAAAUGUAUUGAUUCAAUUUGAAGUUGUCAUGCUGAAGUAUGGCUGUACCUUCAGUAAUAGGAGCAUAGGGGUGAAUGCUAACUUCCCAUUUAAGUAGAAUUGUCAUCUUCUAUUGACAUCAUUGACAGUAAUAGGAGUGUAUAUUGACCUAUUGUCUCCGGCCCCUGUCCAUCCUCCCCUCUCCAGGCCCAUGUGAAGGCUCAGGUGUCCAGGAAGAGCCAGCUGCUGGACAUGAUGAGCAGGAAGCACCGGGAGCUGGAGGGCCGGCUGGACGGCAUGCUCUCCCGUAUCGCCAAGGAGACCGAGGAGAUCAAGGACCUGGAGCAGCAGCUGACCGACGGUAAGGGGGACUAGAACUUGAUGAUGUAUCCUGAGUCCUGUUCAUUAGGCACAAAACGGAAGAAAACCAAUUGAUACGGGGAGGGGCUUACCUGAACAUGUUCAGUUAGAAACGCUUUCCUUUGCAAAACGUUUUCCUACUAAAGAGAGCUGCUUCUGGUUGGGUUUAAAGUUUUUAGUUUAUUAGGAUCCCCAUUAGCUACUGCAUAUACUCUUCCUGGGGUCCACAUAAAACGUACAAAUACAUGACAAAGUACAGAACAGUUAAACACAAGAACAAAAGUUAUAGAUUGGAAAGACCCCAAUAGACAACAAAAAUACUAUUUACACACUAUUCAUAUAUACAUAUUCUUAGAUACAGUGCAGUUAAAUUAGAUCUUUAGAAAGCGGAGAGGCACUGUGAUACAAUAUGUAUUUUAAAGCUAAACUUGUUUUUGUACAUAGUCCCUCCCUUUUUAGAGGACCAAAAGUAUUGGGCCAAAUUCUCUAAUGUGUAUUAAAGUUGUCAAAAGUUUAGUAUUUGGUCCCAUAUUCCUAGCACGCAAUGAUUACUGAACAUCAAGAUUGUGUGACUACAAACUUGUUGGAUGCAUUUGCUGUUUUUGUUUUUCUUUAGUUGUAUUGUAAAUAAGAAUAUAAUAUGUUUCUAAAAUAAUAGAAUGAAGAAUAUAAUAUGUUUCUAAACACUUCUACAUUAAUGUGGAUGCUACUAUGAUUACGGAUAGUCCUGAAUGAAUCGUGAAUAAUGAUGAGUGAGAAAGUUAGAGGCAUAAAUAUCAUACCCCUCCAAAAAAUGCUAACCUCCCCUGUUAUGCUAACCUCUUACCAUUACAAUGUCUUGUGCGUCUGUAACUUUCUCACUCAUCAGUAUUCACGAUUCAUUCAGGACUAUCCGUAAUCAUGGUAGCAUGCACAUUAAUGAAGAAGUGCUUAGAAACAUAUUAUAUUCUUAUUUACAAUAAACGUGGCUCCAAAAUGAAACAAUACAAAUGUGUAUUGUCUCAAGCUUGAUGUAAUCAUUGCAUGCAAGGAAUAUUGGACCAAAUAUUAAACUUUGGACUACUUUAAUAAACAUAUGUGAAUUUGUCCCAAUACUUUUGGUCCCCGCAGUCAUUUUAUAAUUUCAAAUCCAAAGUGCAGGAGUACAGAGCCAAAACAACAACAAAAAAGGUCUGUUUGAAGUGUAUGCAACUAGAUUAUACAAGUGGUUAGACAUUUUCAACACACAAAUGUUUCUUAAAAAGACUAGAAGAGAAGUAGUCAUUUUCUCCUCAACCAUGAAAGACUAUCAUGCAUGUUGUUGAUGUUAGGUCUGUGUGUGCAGUUAAGGGCAAGGUGUGCUGCUUUGUUUUGAGCCAGCUGGAGCUUUGCUAGGUCUUUCUUUGACACUAUUAAGAUGGGACAAGAUCAGAGCCUGAACAACUAGUACAGUUGAUCUUGGUGUCAAAAACGCAGAAGAUCUACUAAAUUGGUCCUUAGUAGGGUAUGUUCAUAGCAGUUGUACGUACAUUAUAUAAUUACGCCGUUCACCCUAUUUGUUUCUAUGAUAAUGUCUAAGAUAAUGUGGCAUCAUGUGCAAAGCUGCAGCUUUAACACAUCUGCAUACAUCCCAGACAGCCCCCCCCCAAAAGUCCCCACUAACCCACUAAUAGAGAUACCUUGAGUUGAAGACACAAUAGCUUCCUUGUUUCAGAACUCUAACCCCCCAUUAUUAUUCAGAGCUCUUCCAAACUCACAUUAAACCUGCCAGGCCUUGCUGUGAUCCUUGUCUUCUAAAUACCUGGAAUAAUUGCUAUUUAGGACUCCCCCACCAUUGUCCUUAAUUAACCACAAUGGAUAAUCAACCAAUGGCACUACCCCCCCCACCACAGGUCAGAUAGCAGCCAACGAGGCUCUGAAGAGGGACCUGGAGGGUAUCAUCUCUGGCCUGCAGGAGUACCUGAGCGGGAUGAAGGAGCAGGCCCGGCGUGCCCAGGCAGACUGCCACCACCUGCAGAGGGAGAUGGAGGCCCUACAGCGCUGCCUGGAUGAGAGCCAGGAGCAGCGCCGCUUGCUGGAGAUAAUCACCACUGCCAACGAUACAGACAAAGCACAGCAGCAGCAGGAGCUGGAUGCGCUGAGGAGGGAGAACGCUGAGCUGCGGCGGGCACAGGGUCAGAUCAGCGCCUACGAGGCGGAACUGGAGAGCCAGCUGCAGGAGCGCCACACUGAGGCGGGCCAGCUAAAAGAGGAGCUGGGACGACUGCGCAGGCUUAGCCAGUUGGAGCACGCUGCCCUGCAGGCGGCUCUGGACAAGGAAAGGCAGUCCAAGGACAAUGCCCAGGCCCAACUGCAGCUGACUGCAGAGAGUGAGCAGCAGAGGGAGGAGCUCCUGGAACAGCUCACUGCUCUACAGGAGGACAAGGCCAGCCUGGAGGAGCGUGUGGGUGCUCUGCAGAGUGCUCUACAACAGGCCCGGGGAACAUUGCUAUGCCCGCAGGAGGUGCAGAGGUGUCUUGAGGAGAUGAUCAGGACCAUCACCUCAGGGCAGCCUGGCCACAUCAGGUGAGGGAGUCUCCCACUGUUCACCUCCAGUGAGAUUGGGACCAUAUAGUUGGGUAAAGGACUUGCCACAAAUCCUAAGUAAGGGAGAUAGCCCUCAGUGGCGCUGCACCAUGCUGUCAAAUAAGUUAUAAUGGUAAAGAUAGGGUAUGGGCUCAACUCUAUGAUUGGGACAAACACAUGGUUUAUAGAGUUAGAGAGUGGCAAGGUGUUGGACUCAUCAUCACCUGCAGUACUACUCUCUCUCAUGUUAGCAGGACGAGCAGAGAAGGGGGCGUGGUGGGCCGCAACCUGGAGCGGCUGCAGCGGGAGGUGCUGGGAGUAGUGUCGGCAGCCCAAACAGACCGGGACCAAGCCCAGCAGGGCCAGGCUCAACUCAGUCAGGAGCUGGCCUCCCUCCUAGAGCAACACAAGGCAGCCUGCCAGGCUGCAGCACAGGCCACGGUGAGUCUCUCCUCUUUCCACCACCUCCAUAGGCCACUGGUAGGGUGAAGUUGGGUCAGUUUCGCAUUGGGGGAGAGGAAGCUGAUCCAAGAUCUGUACCAAGGGAAAACUUCGCUCCCUGGGAGGAGGGAAGCAUCUCUGAUUGAUUUGUCACUGCUGUUGUUUGACUUGUUCCCUGUUGUUCAUGGCAUGUCCCACCCACCAGCAGGCAGCAAAGAGACUCGGUGAGGAGGAAAUACUCUGGCUCCGGGAGGAACUGCAGGAGGCGCGAGAGCUCCAAAAACUGACAGGCCAGCGGCUCCAGGAGGCUGAGGACAAGCGAGGGCUUUUGCUCGCUGAGCUGGAGGAACAAGACAAACAGGUCAAUACUUUCACUGGUCAAAGGAUCUACAAGGCUUAUAAGUAUAACACACACAGGGAAAACAACAUGUACCACUAGAGCUACUAUUUAGAAACCAUUGUGGGAAUGUAUCACAUCAUAAUUAUAAAUGAGUUAUUGCUGAAUGAAUGGAUAUAGACGGACGGAUAGACAGACAGAUAGAUGGAGAGAGAAAUUGACUGACUCACUCACUCACUGACUGUAGGUUCUUGUCUCCCCCAGAUGGAAGUGGGCGAGUGUCGCACUCAGCAGCAGCUGCGGUCUCUGGACAUGGAGCUGCGGGAGCUAAGAAGCUCCUUCACAACGGCAGACAAGAUGGCCGCCCAGCAAUUGAGUGCCACCAAAGAGCAGCUCAGCUCCUUACACACCACCGUGGAGCAAAUCAACCAGGAGAGGGCUGAGGUGGGCGUCUCUUCAGAAACAGAAACACCUAUAGGCUGCAUCCCAAAUGGCACUCUAUUCCCUAGAUAGUGCACUACUUUUAACCAGAGCCCUAUAGGACUAAAUAAAUCGCCCUAGACUAAAUAACUCGCUCUCAACCUUUCAUCGUCAUAUACUUUUGCGGUGCCGUCUGUGUGUAGAGAGACUGUUAGACUAAAGAGAAUAGCUAUUUUUGUCCUCAAUUUCUCCCUUUCGUUCUCUUCUUUCCUCCUCAAAAUCCUCCUCUCGGACCUACUCUUUCAAUACGGUUGAGAAGGAGGCGAGGAGUUAGGAUGAGAGGAGUCGAGGAAAGACUAAUUAAGAUCAAGGCAAUCUAUUUGUGACUGUGUUAAUGCAGGAUGCGGAGGAGCUGGAGGGGUCUAGGGUUCUAGCAGCCGAGAUCACUCAGAACCUGACCAAAGCCGAGGCUGAGAUCCAGCUGCUGCAAAAUCUACUGAAGGACAGGGUACUAAAAAAAGCUAGGACUACAACUCCUGCAGAAACAAUGGCAGUGUCCCAAAUGGCACCCUAUUCCCUAUAUAGUACACUACUUUUGACCAGGGCCCAUAGGGCUCUAGUCAAAAGUAGUGCACUAUGUAGAGAAUAGGGUGCCAUUUGGAACAGACCCAGUGACAUGUUGUACAUGAAUAGAGAUGUACUCUUAUUUCACAAUGUUUGUGCUCACCUGAGUAAGAUUUGAAGUGUUCUUUCCAUUAGAUGCAUUUGAUGGACCGAAAUAUCCUGGGGGGUAUUUCAGACAACAGCAUCCAACAGCAGGAGCUGGAUCGACUGAAAUUGGCCUUGACCAGACAAGAGGCCCAGACUAAGCGACUGCGGGAGCAGCUUGCCCUGGCUAGAGAGAGUUAGUCGGCUGAACAGUUGUCUUUUAGCCCUUUUUGUUUUAAGUCAGUCUUAACACCAUAAAAACACCCCAAUUAACCUAUUAGGCCUAGCCUUGUAUGUCUUUCUGAAGCUUCGAUGCCUGCAUUAAAAAAAAUUAUGUAAUGUACUUUAUUGCACUAUAAUCCACUUUGUUGUUAUUUUGUUGACAUCCAGGAUGUGACUUUGACUCCACAGAGAACAGCGGGCACCUGGAGGAGCUUAUGGGGGAGGUGGGGGCUCUCAGGGAAAACCUGGUCCAGCAGAACCAGGUCUUAUCCAGCCUCAGAGACCCUCACAGGACCAGGGGUCACUGGUACUACGUCCCAUCAUCCACAAAUGUAAGGAACCACCACCACCACCUACCUACCUCCCUGUGACUGUUUUAGUAGUUGAUGGUUAUACUUAAUGGGAUUGUCGGAGUGUGUUUAUGACUGCUACCUGGCUGCAAUCUCAGAAGAACCCAGAACCAAAUUGAGCUAGCUAAUUCAGUUUCCUUCUGGGGAAGGAAACCACCUUCAUGACAUCCUGAUUCGACAAAAGAUAUAGUGAUGCACCGAAACAUCAAAAUAACAUAAGUAUCAACGCCUAUAUUUAUUCAAAUUAGUUUUUUCCCUGCCAAGAAGUUUCUUAAAUCCUUUGUUGUUGUUGUAAUGAAUUAUUUACAGUCACGUUUGUUUUCAUCAUAUUUUAAAUAACUUGUAGAAAAUACACUUUAUGCCACUGUCAUAAAGCAUUAUGGCCAUCCUGUGUCACUUUACUUGGACACAUUUAAUUUGUCACAUGCGCCGAAUACAACGUGUAGACCUUACCGUGAAAUGCUUACUUACAAGCCCUUAACCAACAAUGCAGUUCUAGAAAUAGAGUUAAGAAAAUAUUUACUAAAUAAAAUACAAAAAUAAAAUUAGGCUAGGCCUAAUAGGUGAAUUGGGGUUUUGUACGGUGUUAAGACUGACUUAAACAAAAAGGGCUACAAGACAACUGUUCAGCCGACUAACUCUCUCCAAUUAGGCCUAUCUGGCUUAUAUGAUCCUAUCACCUACAUUCCCUUUAUAUCAGUCAUCAGUCAACAAGUGUGUGUCUUGUCCUGCUCCUGAAAUCUGCUCCUGCUUUCAUCCCAGUCAUCAUCAGCAGAGCAUUGGGGUAGAUGCAUGUCUGACAUCAACGUGAGCGCAAUUACAAUAUCGUUUAACAUGGUGUAUUUCAAAAAUAUGUAACAUAAACAUACUGUUGACACAGGCUAUGGUGUGAUCGAAUGUUUUGCCUUGUUUUGUGGGUUUUGACACUUGUGUGUGUCAUAACCAGCAAUGAAAUAAUGCAAUAUGUGUCACAACAGGUCUAAAUAUCUAUCAUGACAGUGUUAUAACAUGUUAUGACAGCUGUUAUGGCAUAUUAUGACCGUGUGAGUUGAGUGAGAACACAUUCUCAUUUACAGCAACGACCUGGGGAAUAGUUACAGGGGAGAGGAGGGGGGAAUGAAUGAGCCAAUUGGAAGCUGGGGAUGAUUAGGUGGCCAAGAUUGAAUGAGGGCCAGAUUUGGAAUUUGUUUGGUAGUGUCCGAACCGUUUGGACUAUAAACUAAUGGUGUUCUCUGUUUUGCCAUACGACCCCCAUAAGUGUCACGGGACUCGACUGAAGGUAACCAGUACCGUUUUUUUUUUUUUUUUUACUAAUGGAAGUAUGUAGGUAGUUUUUUGCCUACCCCAAAAAAGGGGUUAAAUACACUACAUGACCAUAAGUAUGUGGACUUGCUUCCAUUCAGCCACAAGAGCAUUAGUGAGGUCAGGCACUGAUGUUGGGCGAUUAGGCCUGGCUCGUAUCAUCCCAAAGGUGUUCGAUGGGUUUGAGGUCAGGGCUCUGUACAGGCCAGUCAAGUUCUUCCACACCGAUCUCGACAAACCAUUUCUGUAUGGACUUCGCUUUGUACACGGGGGCAUUGUCAAUAUGAAACAGGCAAGGGCCUCCCUCAAACUGUUGCCACAAAGCUGGAAGCACAGAAUCCCGAGUGGCGCAGUGGUCUAAGGCACUGCAUCGCAGUGCUAGCUGUGCCACUAGAGAUCCUGGUUCGAGUCCAGGCUCUGUCACAGCCGGCCGCGCCCGGGAGACCCAUGGGCGGCGCACAAUUGGUCCAGCGUCGUCCAAGGUAGGGGAGGGUUUGGCCGGCAGGGAUGUGGGUUCGUUUCCCACAGGGGGCCAGUAUGAAAACAAAAAAAACAUUCACUAACUGUAAGUCGCUCUGGAUAAGAGCGUCUGCAAUUUUUUAAAAAUAGAAUUAUAAAAAAUUAUAAGAAUCAUCUAGAAUGUAAUUUUAUGCUGCAGCGUUAAGAUUUCCCUUCGCUAGAAAUAAGGGGCCUAGCCCAAACCAUGAAAAACAGCCACAUACAUUAUUCCUCCUCCACCAAACUUUACAGUUGGCACUAUGCAUUCGAGCAGGUAGCGUUCUCCUUUCAUCCAUCAAACCCACAUUCGUCCGUCGGACUGCCAGAUGGUGAAGCGUGAUUCAUCACUCCAGAGAACGCGUUUCCAGAGUCCAAUGGCGGCGAGCUUUACAACACUACAGCCGACGCUUCGCAUUGCGCAUGGUGAUCUUAGGCUGCUCGGCCAUGGAAAAUUUCAUGAAGCUCCCGACAAACAUUUCUUGUGCUGACGUUGCUUCCAGAGGCAGUUUGGAACUCGGUAGUGAGUGUUGCAACCGAGGACAGAAUAUUUUUAAGCGCUAUGCGCUUCAGCACUUGGCGGUCCCGUUCUGUGAGGUUGUGUGGCCUACCACUUCGCGGCUGAGCCGUUGUUGCUCCUAGACAUUUCCACUUCACAAAACAGCACUUACAGCUGACCGGGGCAACUCUAGCAGGGCAGUAAUUUGACAAACUGACUUGUUGGAAAGGUGGCAUCCUAUGAUGGUGCCACGUUGAAAGUCACUGAGCUCUUCAGUAAGGCCAUUCUACUGCCAAUGUUUGUCUAUGGAGAUUGCAUGGCUCUGUGCUCGAUUUUAUACACCUUUCAGCAACGGGUGUGGCUGAAAUAGCCGAAUCCACUAAUUUGAAGGGGUGUCCACAUACUUUUGUAUAUAGUGUGUGUGUAAAAUUGUUUAAAUAAUAAUAAAUAAAUAAAUAUUAAAAAAUAUAUAUAUAUAUAUACAGUGGGGGAAAAAAGUAUUUAGUCAGCCACCAAUUGUGCAAGUUCUCCCACUAAAAAAGAUGAGAGAGGCCUGUAAUUUUCAUCAUAGGUACACGUCGACUAUGACAGACAAAAUGAGAAAAUAAAAUCCAGAAAAUCACAUUGUAGGAUUUUUAAUGAAUUUAUUUGCAAAUUAUGGUGGAAAAUAAGUAUUUGGUCAAUAACAAAAGUUUAUCAAUACUUUGUUAUAUACCCUUUGUUGGCAAUGACACAGGUCAAACGUUUUCUGUAAGUCUUCACAAGGUUUUCACACACUGUUGCUGGUAUUUUGGCCCAUUCCUCCAUGCAGAUCUCCUCUAGAGCAGUGAUGUUUUGGGGCUGGCGCUGGGCAACACGGACUUUCAACUCCCUCCAAAGAUUUUCUAUGGGGUUGAGAUCUGGAGACUGGCUAGGCCACUCCAGGACCUUGACAUGCUUACGAAGCCACUCCUUUGUUGCCCGAGCGGUGUGUUUGGGAUCAUUGUCAUGCUGAAAGACCCAGCCACGUUUCAUCUUCAAUGCCCUUGCUGAUGGAAGGAGGUUUUCACUCAAAAUCUCACGAUACAUGGCCCAUUCAUUCUUUCCUUUACACGGAUCAGUCGUCCUGGUCCCUUUGCAGAAAAACAGCCCCAAAGCAUGAUGUUUCCACCCCCAUGCUUCACAGUAGGUAUGGUGUUCUUUGGAUGCAACUCAGCAUUCUUUGCCCUCCAAACACGACGAGUUGAGUUUUUACCAAAAAGUUCUAUUUUGGUUUCAUCUGACCAUAUGACAUUCUCCCAAUCCUCUUCUGGAUCAUCCAAAUGCACUCUAGCAAACUUCAGACAGGCCUGGACAUGUACUGGCUUAAGCAGGGGGACACGUCUGGCACUGCAGGAUUUGAGUCCCUGGCGGCGUAGUGUGUUACUGAUGGUAGGCUUUGUUACUUUGGUCCCAGCUCUCUGCAGGUCAUUCACUAGGUCCCCCCCGUGUGGUUCUGGGAUUUUUGCUCACCGUUCUUGUGAUCAUUUUGACCCCACGGGGUGAGAUCUUGCGUGGAGCCCCAGAUCGAGGGAGAUUAUCAGUGGUCUUGUAUGUUUUCCAUUUCCUAAUAAUUGCUCCCACAGUUGAUUUCUUCAAACCAAGCUGCUUACCUAUUGCAGAUUCAGUCUUCCCAGCCUGGUGCAGGUCUACAAUUUUGUUUCUGGUGUCCUUUGACAGCUCUUUGGUCUUUGCCAUAGUGGAGUUUGGAGUGUGACUGUUUGAGGUUGUGGACAGGUGUCUUUUAUACUGAUAACAAGUUGAAACAGGUGCCAUUAAUACAGGUAACAAGUGGAGGACAGAGGAGCCUCUUAAAGAAGUUGUUACAGGUCUGUGAGAGCCAGAAAUCUUGCUUGUUUGUAGGUGACCAAAUACUUAUUUUCCACCAUAAUUUGCAAAUAAAUAAAUUAAAAAUCCUACAAUGUGAUUUUCUGGAUUUUUUCCCCUCAUUUUGUCUGUCAUAGUUGACGUGUACCUAUGAUGAAAAUUACAGGCCUCUCAUCUUUUUAAGUGGGAGAACUUGCACAAUUGGUGGCUGACUAAAUACUUUUUUCCCCCACUGUAUACUCAGCAAAAAACAGAAACGUCCUCUCACUGUCAACUGCGUUUAUUUUUAGCAAACUUAACAUGUGUAAAUAUUUCUAUGAACAUAACAAGAUUCAACAACUGAGACAUAAACUGAACAUGUUCCACAGACAUGUGACUAACAGAAAUUGAAUAAUGUGUCCCUGAACAAAGGGGGGGUCAAAAUCAAAAGAAACAGUCAGUAUCUGGUGUGGCCACGAGCUGCAUUAAGUACUGCAGUGCAUCUCCUCCUCAUGGACUGCACCAGAUUUGCCAGUUCUUAAUGUGAGAUGUUACCCCUCUCUUCCACCAAGGCACCUGCAAGUUCCCAGACAUUUCUAGGGGGAAUGACCCUAGCCCUCACCUGCCGAUUCAACAGGUCCCAGACACUGACAUUCCUGUCUUGCAGGAAAUUACGCACAGAACGAGCAGUAUUGCUGGUGGUAUUGUCAUGCUGGAGGGUCAUGUCAGGAUGAGCCUGCAGGAAGUGUACCACAUGAGGGAGGAGGAUGUCUUCCCUGUAAAAUACAGCGUUGAGAUUGCCUGCAAUGACCACAAGCUCAGUCCGAUGAUGCUGUGACACACCGCCCCAGACCAUGACAGACCCUCCACCUCCAAAUCGAUCCUGCUCCAGAGUACAGGCCUCGGUGUAAUGCUCAUUCCUUCGACGAUAAACGCGAAUCUGACCAUCACCCCUGGUGAAACAAAAACGCGACUCGUCAUUGAAGAGCACUUUUUGCCAGUCCUGUCUGGUCCAGCGACGGUGGGUUUGUGCCCAUAGGCGACGUUGUUGCCGGUGAUGUCUGGUGAGGACCUGCCUUACAACAGGCCUACAAGCCCUCAGUCCAGCCUCUCUCAGCCUAUUGCGGACAGUCUGAGCACUGAUGGAGGGAUUGUGUGUUCCUGGUGUAACUCGGGCAGUUCAAAUCAAAUUUUAUUUGUCACAUACACGUGUUUAGCAGAUGUUAUAGCGGGUGUAGCGAAAUGCUUAUGCUUCUAGCUCUGACAAUGCAGUAAUAUCUAACCAUUUCACAACAUACAGUCGUGGUCAAAAGUUUGGAGAAUGACACAAAUAUUAAUUUUCACAAAGUCUGCUGCCUCAGUUUUUAUGAUGGCAAUUUGCAUAUACUCCAGAAUGUUAUGAAGAGUGAUCAGAUGAAUUGCAAUGAAUUGCAAAGUCCCUCUUUGCCAUGAAAAUGAACUUAAUCCCCAAAAAACAUUUCCACUGCAUUUCAGCCCUGCCACAAAAGGACCAGCUGACAUCAUGUCAGUGAUUCUCUCGUUAACACAGGUGAGAGUGUUGACGAGGACAAGGCUGGAGAUCACUCUGUCAUGCUGAUUGAGUUAGAAUAACAGACUGGAAGCUUUAAAAGGAGGGUGGUGCUUGAAAUCAUUGUUCUUCCUCUGUUAACCAUGGUUACCUGCAAGGAAACACGUGCUGUCAUCAUUGCUUUGCACAAAAAGGGCUUCACAAUCAACCAUUUAUCGGAUCAUCAAGAACUUCAAGAAGAGAGGUUCAAUUGUUGUGAAGAAGGCUUCAGGGCGCCCAAGAAAGUCCAGCAAGCGACAGGACCGUCUCCUAAAGUUGAUUCAGCUGCGGGAUCGGGGCACCACCAGUGCAGAGCUUGCUCAGGAAUGGCAGCAGGCAGGUGUGAGUGCAUCUGCACGCACAGUGAGGCGAAGACUUUUGGAGGAUAGCCUGGUGUCAAGAAGGGCAGCGAGGAAGCCACUUCUCUCCAGGAAAAACAUCAGCGACAGACUAAUAUUCUGCAAAAGGUACAGGGAUUGGACUGCUGAGGACAGGGGUAAAGUUAAUUUCUCUGAAUCCCCUUUCCGAUUGUUUGGGGCAUCCGGAAAAAAGCUUGUCAGGAGAAGACAAGGUGAGCGCUACCAUCAGUCCUGUGUCAUGCCAACAGUAAAGCAUCCUGAGACCAUUCAUGUGUGGGGUUUCUUCUCAGCCAAGGGAGUGGGCUCACUCACAAUUUUGCCUAAGAACACAGCCAUGAAUAAAGAAUGGUACCAACACAUCCUCCGAGAGCAACUUCUCCCAACCAUCCAAGAACAGUUUGGUGACGAACAAUGCCUUUUCCAGCAUGAUGGAGCACCUUGCCAUAAGGCAAAAGUGAUAACUAAGUGGCUCGGGGAACAAAACAUCGACAUUUUGCGUCCAUGGCCAGGAAACUCCCCAGACCUUAAUCCCAUUGAUAACUUGUGGUCAAUCCUCAAGAGGCGGGUGGACAAACAAAAACCCACAAAUUCUGACAAACUCCAAGCAGUGAUUAUGCAAGAAUGGGCUGCCAUCAGUCAGGAUGUGGCCCAGAAGUUAAUUGACAGCAUGCCAGGGCAGAUUGCAGAGGUCUUGAAAAAGAAGGGUCAACACUGCAAAUAUUGACACUUUGCAUAAACUUCAUGUAAUUGUCAAUAAAAGCCUUUGACACUUAUGGAAUGCUUGUAAUUAUACUUCAGUAUACCAUAGUAACAUCUGACAAAAAUAUCUAAAAACACUGAAGCAGCAAACUUUGUGAAGACCAAUACUUGUCAUUCUCAAAUCUUUUGACCACGACUGUAUACCUAAUACACACAAAACUAGUAAGGAAUGGAAUUUAAGAAAAUAUACAUAUAUGGACAAGCAAUGACAGAGCGGCAUGGACUAAGAUACAGUAGAAUAUUAUAGAAUAGAAUGCGGUAUAUACAUAUGGAGAUGAGUAGUGCAAGAUAUGUAAACAUUAUUAAAGUGACUGUAAACAUUAAGAAAUGGAACACUAGUCACUUUAAUAAAGUGGCCAGUGAUUUCAAUAGGCAGCAGCAGCCUCUAAUGUGCUAGUGAUUGCUAUUUAACAGUCUGAUGGCCUUGAGAUAGAAGCUGUUUUUCAUUCUCUCGGUCCCAGCUUUGAUGCACCUGCACUGACCUCGCCUUCUGGAUGAUAGCGGGGUGAACAGGCAGUGGCUCGGGUGGUUGAUGUCCUUGAUGAUCUUUUUGUCCUUCCUGUGACAUCGGCUGUAUGUGUCUUGGAGGGCAGGUAGUUUGCCCCCGAUAAUGCGUUCGGCAGACCGCACCACCCUCUGGAGAGCCCUGCGGUUGCGGGCGGUGCAGUUGCCGUACCAGGUGGUGAUACAGCCCGACAGGAUGCUCUCAAUGUUGUUGUUGCCAUCCUGUACCUGUUCCGCAGGUGUGAUGUUCGGAUGUACCGAUCCUGUGCAGGUGUUGUUACACGUGGUCUGCCACUGCGAGGACGAUCAGCUUUCCGUCCUGUCUCCCUGUCUAAAGCGUCUCACAGUACGGACAUUGCAAUUUAUUGCCCUGGCCACAUCUACAGUCCUCAUGCCUCCUUGCGGCAUGCCUAAGGCACGUUCACGCAGAUGAGCAGGGACCCUGGGCAUUAUUAUUUUGGUGUUUUGCUGAAUCAGUAGAAAUUGCCUACCGCCUGUAAGCUGUUAGUGUCUUAACGACCGUUGCACAGGUGCAUGUUCAUCCAUUGUUUAUGGUUCAUUGAACAAGCAUGGGAAACCGUGUUUAACCCUUUACAAUGAAGAUCUGUGAAGUUAUUUGGAUUUUUACGAAUUAAAAAAUAAAGAAAAACCCUUGAAUGAGUAGGUGUGUCCAAACCUUUGACUGGUACUGUAUAUAAACUCAGCAAAAAAAGAAACGUCCUGUCACAACAUGACUGAUUGGCUCAAACGCAUUAAGAAGGAAAGAAAUUCCACAAAUUAACUUUUAAGAAGGCACACCUGUUAAUUGAAAUGCAUUCCAGGUGACUACAUCAUGAAGCUGGUUGAGAGAAUGCCAAGAGUGUGCAAAGCUGUCAUCAAGGCAAUGGGUGGCUAUUUGAAGAAUGUCAAAUAUAAAAUAUAUUUUGAUUUGUUUAAAACUUUUUUGGUUACAACAUGAUUCCAUAUGUGUUAUUUCAUAGUUUUGAUGACUUCACUAUUAUUCUACAAUGUAGAAAAUGGUAAAAAUAAAGAAAAACCCUGGAAUGAGUAUGUGUGUCCAAACUUUUGACUGGUACUGAAUGUUAACGUCUGGUGAGAGAUUAGGCUGCAACAAACUGUGUAGUGUGUGUAAAGCCUAAGUUAUACCAUAUAUAUGCAAAGCAAGAAUGUAAAAUGGCGAUCCUGUUUACUUGCGUCGAGUUUAUAACUGCGGAGCUGUACACCUCUGCGUAUUUUUCCUGCACAACUACUCAGGAUCGCAUUUUUGCGUAGCUAUUUCUAGUUCUUAUAUUGCAUUUGGUAUAAAUUAGGCUUAAGGCUGAUUUUGUACAGGACUAAUGUACUAUAGUUUUAUUGUCUGUUUCUCCUUGUUCCGUCAGGCUCCCAGUUUCGGUUCUCAGGGCACUCAGGAUUCAGGUCUAGGGUCACAGUAUCCUUCCUCGCCUGACAAGGGGCACCGUAGCAGCAGGCGCAGGGGCGUCCGUAGGGAUAGAGGCCCCCAGCCUGGUGGGGGAUAUUGGGUCUACUCCCCUCCGGCGCACACAUCCUCACACACUUACAGAGGAAGAGGUAUGUACAGGCACAUUGCGAUUUUCCUCUGAGACCUCUGUAGUUACACUACGAUACAGCAAACAGUGAGAGUCAACACAGCAACGUGUGUGUGCACGCAUGCAUCUGUGUAUGUGUGCAUCGGUGUGUAUCCGUACGUGUGUGGAAUUUCUGUGCGUGUGCUUGACCCCUCAGGUGAGGUGAGGGACAGUGGUGGUGAGAGCGACGUGGCAGACUGCAGCUCCUCUGGGACGGGGACUGGGGAUCACUUCAGCCAUCCCCCUGGCUCGGCCAUCUACACCAUGCUGCCUGACCGUUCGCCCCUGCCCCCUGGCUCUGUGAUCUAUGCCCCCCCUGCGGCCAGCCUGGCGGUCAGUCCCGGGACGGUCAUCUACGGGCCUCCUCCACAGGGGGCCCACCUGGUCUAUGGCCCCAGCCCCAGCAGCCUCUCUGGGCCCAUGCUCGGAGUCAGCCUCCCCACCGGGGUGCUCCACUGCAACAUGCCGGGGCACCAGGAGAUGGUGGGUGACCUGGAUGAGAUGAUGAUGAUUCCUAAUGGUUUUAAUGGGCUAAUCCAGUGUUUCCCAAUCCUGGUUGUGGGGGCCCAAAGGGUUCCGCUUUUUGACCAAGCACUAACACACUUGAUUCAACUAACCAGCUCAUCAUCAAGCCUUUGAUGAUUUGAAUUAAUCCAAAUCUAAAAGUUGCACCCCUUUUGGGUCCCCAGGACCAAGAUUGGAAAACACCGGGCUAAUCUAUGAUAUGACCACUAGAGGGUGAAUUAAAAAGAAAGUGAAAAUGCAUUAACUAAAAUGAUGCCCUCCAGACUAACAGAUACCUCUUUGCACUGGCUCCAACCUGGGUGGCGUUCAGAAGGUUACAACGUGCUGAACGUCACCGAGACGCCAUUCCUUACUCUAGCCACAUGUCAGAGAGGCAUGUCUGUUCUAUGCAUAGUAUCUAUAUCUGAGUGCUCCACAACACUGUGCUCUCCUGACCCCGGAUCUCUCUAACAUGCUGACCACACCGCUCGCGUGCCGCACAUGUUGCUUUUGUCCACCCACACCAGACACGAUCAGGACAAAAUAUUGAUUGAAAUAUCAAAAUGAACUCUGAACCAACUAUAUUAAUUUGGGAACAGGUCGAAAAGCAUUAAACAUUUAUGGCAAUUUAGCUAGCUAAUUUGUCCAGGGUUAUAAACAUUGGGUUGUUAUUUUACCUAAAAUGCACAAGGUCCUCUACUCCGACAAUUAAUCUCCCCUCCUUCAGGUUUCUUCUUCUUUGGAUUUAUAUGGCGGUUGGCAACCAACUUUAAGGUGCAUUACCACCACCAACUGGACUGGAGUGUGGACCUCAGUUCAUCUUUCAAUCACCCACGUGGGUAUAUGCUCCUAAAAACCAAUGAGGAGAUGGGAGAGACAGGACUUGCAGUGCGUCAAGCGUCACAAAUAGAACCAAGUUCUAUUUUAGCACCUGGCUACGCAGACGCUCGCGAGCAGUGGGUGCAAUGAUUGAAUAACAUGUAUGUGUACAUUUAUUUUGCAACGCUCGCACACGCGACAUGGGCAGUGUGGUCAGCGCAUGUAUGCCCUAAAAGUGUGUGUGUGUGUGUUCGUUCGUUCAUCUGUCAGGAGAAGGAGCUGGCCAGGCUGGAACAGCUGGUGGAGGAACAGCAGCGUGGCAGCCAGGGCCCAGGGGAGGAGGAGAGGCAGGCCCAUGUGGAGAGGGAUGUGCUCAGGCUCCAGGAGCAGCGCACACAGCUCAGACUGGAGCUCAGAGAGCUCCGGAGAGCCUUAAGCCAACUUCACCGCCGCCGCAGGUACGGUAACCCUCAGCUCUCGCAGUUCCAGCAGGGUUGAGGUAAAUUUGAAUUGAAGUCAAAAUGGAAAAAACCUUUGACAUAAUCAGCUUCUCCUUUUCAGCUUAUUGAGAAGUCAUUGAAAAGAGAUGCCCUUUUUUUCAAUUAUUGGAUUAGAAUUGUACUUUACUUCUUGAAUUGACUGACUUCAAUUUGAAUUGAACCCCACCCUGCAGUCCAGUACAUCAUGUUUUUAUGGAGACUAAAAGACCAACGUGUGUGGCGUCCUCAGGGAGGUGCUGGAGGGCCGAGGGGGCUCAGAGGUUGUGGAGGAGUCCCUGCGGCACCACGGGGCUCUGCAGGAUGAGGUAGAGUGUUUGGAGAAGACCUUGCUCCGCCGCAGGGCUGAACUCAGGGAGGCAGACCGACUGCUGCUGGAGGCUCAGAGCAGUCUGAAGGAAACAAGGACCAAGGUCACAUAUACAAUGUUAUUAGGAAGUGUAUAUUCAACCGGCAGAAGAAAACGUACGCUUAGGCAUAGGGGUCGAAAUAAAUAAAUGAAUGUUAGCAUUAAGGUUAGCAUACCGCCGUCCACCGCCAUUGAUUUUCUGCCAGUCGAAUAUACACUGCCAUAUUCUUAUUACCUCUUGAGUGGCAGAAUGGAGCGAGGGGUACAUUUACGGGUGGUCAUAAAUAGCCCCCUUCAUUUAAGGGAGGGAGGGGGGUGCAGUAGUCGGUUAUCAGCAGCUUGAUAGUCUGUCCUUCUGGUUUAAAAUAUUAUAGGUGAAUUACUGACCAUCUUACAUUUGAAGACUUUGUUGUUGGUGAAUGGUGAUAUUUGUCUGUAGUGCCAUCUCUUGUAUCAUGAGCCAGCAGUGUUGUCACAGACUGUUUCAUGUAACAGACUGUUUCAUGUGACCCUGUGUAGACCAAAGACACUCUCCAGCAGCACACUGAGGCCCGGAAGCGGCUCGUUGACACAGAGCGGGAUCUGGAGGAGAUGGAACUCCGUGCUCGGGACAGCGCCUCCUUGCUGGUGGAAGCCAAACAACAUCUCAGGGAUCUGCAGGAGGAGCUCCAGGAGCUGAGGAAACGCAAGGAGGAGCAGGGAGACACUCUGCAGAGGGUGGAGCAGGUGGUGGCUGCGCGCAACCUGGAGUUCCAAGAGGUCAACAAGAAGGUGAAGCGAGCCAGUGAGCGAUUGGAGGACCUCCGGAGCCAGCUUCUGGAGACCCAGAGCAAGGCGUCCACACUGCUGGACACCUGCAAACAGUCUGAGAGCACCCUCGCCCAACGCAGGAGCGAGCUAGAGCGACUCAACAUUCAGGUAUUGCAAUGACAUUCUUACUUUCUUUGUCACAAUGUCAAGUCAAAAUGUAUUUAAAGGGGUCACAACACACUUAGCCUCAACGAGAACUCUAAUCGGGAAGCCUGGUGAAGUCUAUGGCCAAAAUUAGCUAAAAUGGGGUGGAGAACCGGUGUAAAUCAGUGAUGCCUCGCAACACGUCAAACUAAUCAAAUGCCUUUCUUGGAUGCAGCUUAACACACCGCACUCCUUCAACUGGCAUGUGAUGGAGGGUUCUUGAAAUGUAACAAGUAAUACAAAUGUAACCGCUGGAAGCCAGCAGAUCCAUUCAAACUUUUCGGGUUUUCCAAAGGAGGUGUGAUGAUAGUUUUUGAUGAAAAAGGUAUGGCUACGUGAGACUACAACACACUUUACAAGAUUAAAAAGAGGAACAAAACAAAGCAUGAAUAAAGGGGAAGGUAGAGAACAAUAAACUGUAACAAUGGAUCGUAACACUAGGGGAACUCGCCGGUAACCACGUUAGCCUCAUUUAAAUGCACCGAUGUUCAUAGCCUGGUCGAUAGUCACAGACCUGUUUGUAUCAAUAAUGUGCCAAUGACCAAUUAGUAGUUGGCAGCAAGACAUCACAAACGGAUCUGGGACCAGGCUAUGAUGUGCUGGCUCUUGUUCUCUAAAAACGGUGUUUCUGCUAACGUUAGCAAACGUUCACAACCAAUAUACAUUUUAAUGGAAUAGGUUAGCUAGCAUCGGCUAACGUUCGUAAAAUAUCCACCUUGUUGAACACAUCCCAGGGGGCCUCGCAGCAGGAGGAGCUAUCUGUCCUGGACAGGAGGCUAGGUCAGUGGCGUGAGGAGGAGUGGGCGCUGCAAGAAAGGAAGGAGCAGCAGCGGCUGAGUCUGGAGGAGGCGCUGCGACAGGGAGAGGAGGAGACCAAUGAGCUGCACCGACGCAUCAAGGUGAGCAGUGAGCAAGCACACAACUAGUGUUAGCAAAGCAGCUAAGCGUGUGUGUGACUGUGUGCGUGUUGAAAUGACGGCGUAUGUAACUGUGUGUGUGUGUAUGUAGGCACUGCAGGGGGAUGUAGAGCUGCUCUAUGUCCAGAAGGGUGAGCUGGAAGCCCAGCUGACUGAGAGGAGGGCCAGCGUGGCUGCACUCAAACAGCAGGGAGAUCGGGAGGAGGAGAUAAUACAGAGUGUCCGCUCACAGAUCAACAAGCACAAAGCAGGUAACCAGCCCUAGCGUGAGUCACACACACCUAACUCACCUAGUUCUACAGUGCUGUUAGAUUGACACGGUCAGAGGGUUUUGCUCAAGGUCCAGACCCUAAAUAGCCUGGUCCCAGAGCUGUUUGUUCUCUGGCUAACUCCAUUGCUCAUUGUCAAGCCAAACAUGUUUGGCAUGACAAUAAGUGACAAGGAGUUGGCAUGAUGGCACAAACAGACUGGCACUCAGGCUACGCCCAAAAGUCUCAUGAUAGCAAGGUACAGACAACCCAAUAACUGUGAACAGUAUAGUAGAGUAAAACUAUGUCCAAAUUAUUACAUUAUUAUUAGUGCAAGACCUGCCGUUGAGCAGGAAGUGUGAGUACAGCGGGAAACGAGUGCAGCCCUAGAAUCAGAAAGUGUAGACAUGGCAUAAGAUCAUGAACCGUGAGGUUACUCUGCACUUCAAUGCCUAUGUAUUACUAUAUAGUAGUAACCUUAUAGAGUUGUGCAGUUUGAUGACUGUGUGUGUCAUUGUGUGUGUUUGUGCUUGCGCAUGUGUGUGUGUGCAGAGCUGAAGCACGUUCUGGAGAUGUUACAGAUGGAGGGCCAGGAGCUGCAGGGGGUGAAGCUGCGGCAUGACCAGCACCUGGACCAGCUGGAGAGGAGUCAGGAGAGCCUGCUGCAGGUCAGAGGUCACUCAUAACACUGACUGGGUCUCAAAUGGCACCUUAUUGAGGUCUGUGACUGUUCGAAUAGCAAAAAUGGUUUGGUGCACAUUUUCCUCCGCUCUUGACUGCAUGUGCUGCCAUAGAAAUAGAAUGGGCAUCCCCAUUCAAGUCAAUUAUGGUAUAAUGGGUGGACUGGCGGCCAUUGCGAGUGUAUGCAUAGGAGCAAAGCAGGAAGUGCACCCAUCAAUACAGGGCAUUCGGAAAGUAUUCAGACCCCUUCCCUUUUUCCACAUUUUGUUACAUUACAGCCUUAUUCUAAAAUUGAUUACAUUAUUUUUUCCCCUCAUCAAUCUACACACGAUACCCCAUAAUGACAAAGCGAAAACAGGUUUUUAGAAAUGUUUGCAAAUUUAUUACAAAUAAAAACAGAAUUACCUUAUGUACAUAAGUAUUUUGCUAUGAGACUCGAACCCUUUGCUAUGAGACUCGAAAUUGAGCUCCGGUGCAUCCUGUUUCCAUUGAUCAUCCUUGAGAUGUUUCUAAAACUUGAUUGGAGUCCAGAUGUGGUAAAUGUAAUUGAUUGGACAUGAUUUGGAAAGGCGCACACCUGUCCCACAGUUGAGAGUGCAUGUCAGAGCAAAAACCAAGCCAUGAGGUCAAAGGAAUUGUCCGUAGAGCUCCAAGACAGGAUUGUGUCGAGGCACAGAUCUGGGGAAGGGUACCAAAAAAUUUCUGCAGCAUUGAAGGUCCCCAAGAACACAGUGGCCUCCAUAUUAUUCUUAAAUGGAAGAAGUUUGGAACCACCAAGACUCUUCCUAGAGCUGGCUGCCCGGCCAAACUGAGCAAUCGGGGGAGAAGGGCCUUGGUCAAGGAGGUGACCAAAACCCGUUGGUCACUCUGACAGAGCUCCAGAGUUCCUCCGUGGAGAUGGGAGAUAUAUAAUGGCGCUGGAGAUGGCUGCCGUUUUACGGGCUUCUAACCAAUUGUGAUAUUUUGUGUGUUUUUUCGCGUUGUUUGUAACUUAAUUUGUACAUAAUGUUUCUGCCACCGUCUCUUAUGACUGAAAAUAGCUUUUGGAUAUCAGAACAGCGAUUACUCACCUCGAACUGGACGAAGAUUUUUUCUUUAACGAGUCGGACGUGAAGGAUUUACUCCAGAUGCCAGACCAGGCCCAAAUCCCUGUCAUUCGCAUCAAGGUUAUGCUCACCUGAGGUAGAGUAUCUCAUGAUAAACUAUAGACCACACUAUUUUUCAUAUUUUUUGUAGCUGUCUAUUUACCACCAUAAACCGAUGCUGGCAUGAAGUCCGCACUCAACGAGCUGUAUAAAGCCAUAAGCAAACAAGAAAAUCCUCAUCCAGGGGCGGCGCUCUUAGUGGCCGGGGACUUUAAUACAGGGAAAUGUAAAUCCAUUUUACCUCAUUUCUACCACAAUGUUACAUGUGCAACCAGAGGAACUCUAGACCACCUUUACUCCACACACAGAGACGCGUACAAAGCUCUCCCACGCCCUCCAUUUGGCAAAUCUGACCAAAAUUCUAUCCUCCUGAUUCCUGCUUACAAGCAAAAACUAAAGCAGGAAGUACCAGUGACUCACUCAAUACAGAAGUGGUCAGAUGACGCAGAUGCUAUGCUUCAGGACUGUUUUGCUAGCACAGACUGGAAUAUGUUCCGGGUCUCAUCCGAUGGCAUUGAGGAGUAUACCACAUCAGUCACCGGCUUCAUCAAUAAGUGCAUCGAUGACGUUGUCCCCACAAUGACUGUACGUACAUACCCCAACCAGAAGCCAUGGAUUACAGGCAACAUCCGCACUGAGCUAAAGGGUAGAGCUGCCGCUUUCAAGGAGCGGGACUCUAACCCGGACGCUUAUAAGAAAUCCUGCUAUGCCCUCAGACGAACCAUCAAACAGGCAAAGCGGAAAUACAGGACUAAGAUAGAAUCCUACUUGGCAGGGCUUGCACAUUUUUACGUACUACAAAGGGAAGCCCAGCCGCGAGCUGCCCAGUGACACAAGCCUACCAGACGAGCUAAACAACUUCUAUGCACGCUUCGAGGCAAGCAACACUGAAACAUGCAUGAGAGCACCAGCUGUUCCGGACGACUGUGUGAUCACGCUCGCCGUAGCCGAUGUGAGUAAGACCUUUUAAACAGGUCAACAUUCACAAGGCAGCAGGGCCAGACGGAUUACCAGGACAUGUACUCCGAGUCUGUAAUACCUACAUGUUUCAAGCAGACCACCAUAGUCCCUGUGCCCAAGAACACCAAGGUAACCUGGCUAAAUGACUACUGACCCGUAGCACUCACGUCUGUAGCCAUGAAGUGCUUUGAAAGGCUGGUCAUGGCUCACAUCAACACCAUUAUCCCAGAAACCCUAGACCCACUCCAAUUUGCAUACCACCCCAACAGAUCCACAGAUGAUGCAAUCUUUAUUGCACUCAACACUGCCCUUUCCCACCUGGACAAAAGGAACACCUACAGUUGAAGUCGGAAGUUUACAUACACCUUAGCCAAAUACAUUUAAACUCAGUUUUUCACAAUUCCUGACAUUUAAUCCUAGUAAAAAUUCCCUGUUUUAGAUCAGUUAGGAUCACCACUUUAUUUUAAGAUUGUGAAAAGUGAUUUGAGAAUGAUUUAUUUCAGCUUUUAUUUCUUUCAUCACAUUCCCAGUGGGUCAGAAGUUUACAUACACUCAAUUAGUAUUUGGUAGCAUUGCCUUUAAAUUGUUUAACUUGGGUCAAACGUUUCGGGUAGCCUUCCACAAGCUUCCCACAAUAAGUUGGGUGAAUUUUGGCCCAUUCCUCCUGACAGAGUUGGUGUGUGUAACUGAGUCAGGUUUGUAGGCCUCCUUGCUCGCACACACUUUUUCAGUUCUGCCUUCACAUUUUCUAUAGGAUUGAGGUCAGGGCUUUGUGAUGGCCACUCCAAUACCUUGACUUUGUUGUCCUUAAGCCAUUUUGCCACAACUUUGGAAGUAUGCUUGGGGGGUCAUUGUCCAUUUGGAAGACCCAUUUGCGACCAAGCUUUAACUUCCUGACUGAUGUCUUGAGUUGUUGCUUCAAUAUAUCCACAUAAUUUUCCUUCCUCAUGAUGCCAUCUAUUUUGUGAAGUGCACCAGUCCCUCCUGCAGCAAAGCACCCCCACAGCAUGAUGCUGCCACCACCGUGCUUCACGUUUGGGAUGGUGUUCUUCAGCUUGCAAGCUCCUCCUUUUUCCUCCAAACAUAAUGAUGGUCAUUAUGGCCAAACAGUUCUAUUUUUGUUUCAUCAGACCAGAGGACAUUUCUCCAAAAAGUUUGAUCUUUGUCCCCAUGUGCAGUUGCAAACCAUAGUCUGGCUUUUUUAUGCAGGUUUUGGAGCAGUGGCUUCUUCCUUGCUGAGCGGCCUUUCAGGUUAUGUCGAUAUAGGACUUGUUUUACUGUGGAUAUAGAUACUUUUGUACCUGUUUCCUCCAGCAUCUUCACAAGUUCCUUUGCUGUUGUUCUGGGAUUGAUUUGCACUUUUCGCACCAAAGUACGUUCAUCUCUAGGAGACAGAACGUGUCUCCUUCCUGAGCGGUAUGAUGGCUGCGGGGUCCCAUGGUGUUUAUACUUGCGUACUAUUGUUUGUAAAGAUGAACGUGGUACCUUCAGGCGUUUUGGAAAUUGCUCCCAAGGAUGAACCAGACUUGUGGAGGUCUACUAUUUUUUUUCUGAGGUAUUGGCUGAUUUUAUUUUGAUUUUCCCAUGAUGUCAAGCAAAGAGGCACUGAGUUUGAAGGUAGGCCUUGACAUACAUCCACAUGUACACCUCCAAUUACAUUUUACAUUUUAGUCAUUUAGCAGACGCUCUUAUCCAGAGCGACUUACAGGAGCAAUUAGGGUUAAGUGCCUUGCUCAAGGGCACAUCGACAGAUUUUUCACCUAGUCGGCUCGGGGAUUAGAACCAGCAACCUUUCGGUUACUGGCACAACGCUCUUAACCACAAAGCUACCUGCCGCCUAAUAUAUGUAAAUUAACCUAUCAGAAGCUUCUACAGCCAUGACAUCAUUUUCUGGAAUUUUCCUAGCUGUUUAAAGGCACAGUCAACUUAGUGUAUGUAAACUUCUGACCCACUGGAAUUGUGAUACAGUGAAUUAUAAGUGAAAUAAUCUGUCUGUAAACAAUUGUUGGAAAAAUGACUUGUCAUGCACAAAGUAAAUGUCCUAACCGACUUGCCAAAACUAUAGUUUGUUAACAAGAAAUUUGUGGAGUGUUUGAAAAAGUUUUAAUGACUCCAACCUAAGUGUAUGUAAACUUCCGACUUCAACUGUACGUGAGAAAACUAUUCAUUGACUACAGCUCAGCGAUCAACACCAUUGUGCCCUCAAGGGCUCCCGAGUGGCGCAGCGGUCUAAGGCACUGCAUCUCAGUGCUUGAGGCGUCACUACAGACCCCCUGGUUUGAUUCCAGGCUGUAUCACAACCGGCCGUGUUUGGGAGUCCCAUAGGGCGGUGCACAAUUGACCCAGCGUCGUCCGGGUUUGGCCGGUGUAGGCCAUCAUUGUAAAUAAGAAUUUGUUCUUAACUGACUUGCCUAGUUAAGUAAAGGUAAAAAAAAAAAAAAAAUAACAUCACUAAGCUAACGACCCUAGGACUAAACACCUCCCUCUGCAACUGGAUCCUGGACUUCCUGACUGGCCGCCCCCAGGUGGUAAGGGUAGGUAACAACACAUCUGCCACGCUGAUCCUCAACACGUGGGCCCCUCAGGGGUGCGUGCUCAGUCCCAUCCUGUACUCCCUGUUUACCCAUGACUGCAUGACUCCAACACCAUCAUUAAGUUUGCCGACAACACAACAGUGGUAGGUCUGAUCACCGACAACGAUGAGACCAUAUAUAGGUAGGAGGUCAGAGACCUGGCCAGGAUAACAACCUCUCCCUCAAGUGAUCAAGACAAAGGAGAUGAUUGUGCACUACAGGAAAAGGAGGACCGAGCACGCCCCCAUUCUCAUCGACGGGGCUGUAGAGGAGCAGGUUGAGAGAUUCAAGAGACCACAUCACCAACAAACUAAGACAGUUGUGAAGAGGGCACGACAAAGCCUAUUCCCCCUCAGGAGACUGAAAAGAUUUGGCAUGGGUCCUCAGAUCCUCAAAAAGUUCUACAGCUGCACCAUCGAGAGCAUCCUGACUGGUUGCAUCACUGCCUGGUAUGGCAACUGCUCGGCCUCUGACCGCAAGGCACUACAGAGGGUAGUGCGUACGGCCCAGUACAUCACUGGGGCCAAGCUUCCUGCCAUUCAGGACCUCUAUACCAGGCGGUGUCAGAGGAAGGCCCUAAAAACUCUCAAAGACCACAGCCACCCUAGUCAUUGACUGUUCUCUCUGCUACCGCACGGCAAGCGGUACUGGAGUGCCAAGUCUAGGUCCAAAAGGCAUCUUAACAGCUUCUACCCCCAAGCCAUAAGACUGCAUAACAGCUAAUGAAACAGCUACCUGGACUAUUUGCAUUUUUUUGCACUGUUGUUACUCGCUGUUUAUUAUCAAUGCAUACCCUCCCGAGUGGCGCAGUGGUCUAAGGCCAUUCCCAUAAGACUGCACACAGCCAAGACAACACAGGAGUGGCUUCGGGACAAUUCUCUGAAUGUCCUUGAGUGGCCCAGCCAGAACCCAGACUUGAACCCAAUCGAACAUCUCUGUGCCACUAGAGAUCCUGGUUCGAAUCCAGGCUCUGUCGUAGCCGGCCGCGACCGGGAGACCCAUGGGGCGGCGCACAAUUGGCCCAGCGUCGUCCAGGGUAGGGGAGGGAAUGGCCGGCAGGGGAUGUUGGUAGAGCAUGGCGUUUGCAACGCCAGGGUUGUGGGUUCGAUUCCCACGGGGGGGGGGCCAGUAUGGAAAAAUAUAUAUAUAUAUAUAAUGUAUGCACUCACUGACUGUAAGUCGCUCUGGAUAAGAGCGUCUGCUAAAUGACUAAAAUGUAAUAUGUAAUAGUCACUUUACCCCUACCUACAUGUACAUAUUACCUAAAUUACCUCAACUAACCUGUACCCCCGCACAUUGUCUCGGUACCGGUACCCUCUGUAUAUAGCCUCAUUAUUGUGAUUUUAUUGUUGCUCUGUUCGGCGCAUGUGACAAAUAAAAUUUGAUUUGAUUUGAGAACCUUCCAGAAGGACAACUAUCUCUGCAGCACUCAACCAAUCAGGCCUUUAUGGUAGAGUGGCCAGACAGAAGCCACUCCUCAGUAAAAGGCACAUGACAGCCUGCUUGGAGUUUGCCAAAAGGCACCUAAAGGACUCUCAGACCAUGAGAAACAAGAUUCUCUGGUCUGAUGAAACCAAGGUUGAACUCUUUGGCCUGAAUGCCAAGUGUCAUGUCUGGAGGAAACCUGGCACCAUCCCGACGGUAAAGCAUGGUGGUGGCAGCAUCAUGCUGUGGGGAUGUUUUUCAGCGGCAGGGACUGGGAGACUAGUCAGGAUCGAGGGAAAGAUGAACGGAGCAAGGUACAGAGAGAUCCUUGAUGAAAACCUGCUCCAGAGCGCUCAGGGCUUCAGACUGGGGUGAAGGUUCACCUUCCAACAGGACAAUGACCCUAAGCACACAGCCAAGACAACACAGGAGUGGCUUCGGGACAAUUCUCUGAAUGUCCUUGAGUGGCCCAGCCAGAACCCAGACUUGAACCCAAUCGAACAUCUCUGGAGAGACCUGAAAAUAGCUCUGCAGCGAUGCUCCCCAUCGAACCUGACAGAGCAUGAGAGUAUCUGCAGAGAAGAAUGGGAGAAACUCCCGAAAUACAGGUGUGCCAAGCUUGUAGCGUCACACCCAAGAAGACUCAAGGCUAUAAUCUCUGCCAAAGGUGCUUCAACAAUGUGAUGAGUAAAGGGUCUGAAUACUUAUGUAAAUGUGAUAUUUCAGUUUAUUUUAUUUUAUACAUUUGCAAACAUUUCUAAAAACCUGUUUUUGCUUUGUCAUUAUGGGGUAUUGUGUGUAGAUUGAUGAGGGAAAAAAACGAUUUAAUACAUUUUAGAAUACGGCUGUAACGUAACAAAAUGUGGAAAAAGUCAAGGGGUCUGAAUACUUUCCGAAUGCACUGUAUGUGCUGUGAUUUGUUGAUUCAAAUAAACUGAAAUAUAAUGUGUGCUACGUUUGACAAGGGCUCAUAGGGCUCUGGUCAAAAAUAGUGCACCUUGUAGGGGAUAGAGUGCCAUUUCAUGUGUUCAGAGACAAGUGGGUGUUUACUCUAUGUUUUGUGUGUGUGUAUUUUAUGUCUGUCGGUGUGUUCCCCCAGGUGCGCGUAGAGCUGCAGGCGCUGCAGCAGGAGAUGUCGCGCCAGAUGUCUGAGGGCGAGCGCCAGAGGAGGCUGGCGGAGCAGGACCGGAAGGAGCUGGAGGAGCUGAGAGAGGAGGCGCAGGGAGUCUGGGAGCAGGUGGAGGAGGCCACCAGGGAGAGGAGCAGGCUGGAGGAGCAAUGUCGGAACCUGGAGGCCAGACGCACACACGCCGACCGGUGCUUGGAGGCGGCGGAGGAGGGGGCCCGGGGGGCCGAGGCCGAGCUGGACAGGCUGCAGGCAGAGCUGGGCCAGCUGAGACAGGAGCAGAGACAGGCUCACACACACAGGUAUGAAUCACUCACAAACUGUACUUUUUCUAUUAUUGUAUUUGUUGUGUGUAAUUUUCUAGAAGAUUUGUCCUUUGUCUAUGCUUGAUGAUAUGUUUUAAUGUAUGCACACAGCGCCGGAAGCAAAAUCUCUCCAUGGGGAUAAUAAAGUCAUUAUUUUAUCUCAUCUCAUCUUAUCCUUCAGGCAGAAGAUGGAACGAGACACGGCAGCCACUCAGCAACAGCUAUACCAGGAGUCUGAGCGCUUCAGUGGUCUGAAGGAGCAGGUGGAAGAGCGGAGACGCCAGUUAGAGAUGCUGGAGGAGGAGGUGCGAGUGUUGGUCAAGGGCCGGGACAGUGUGGCGGGGGAGGAGCAGGAGGCGAGGAAGCGGCUGGAGGAGGAUGAACGGAGAGCUGAGCAGCUGGAGCACAGGCUGAUGGAGCUGCACACUGACCUGGCUGAGAGGCAGACUCAAAUACAAGUAACAUGACAGGGCAGGAUUUAGACACCAUACACUGCUGUCAAUAAGUCAUAGGAUGCGUCUGAAAUAGCACGCUUUUCCCUGUAUAGUGCACUACUUUUGACUAGGGCCCUGGUCAAAGCAGUGCACUAUAUAGGAAAUUGUGUGCCAUUUUUUUUAGGUGCAGCCAUAGUGAAAUAGGCCUGUCUACUCAAUGGCUCCGUAGCUGUGUUGGUUCACAACGUUUCAAACCUGAAAUGCUGCCUAAGUGCAACGGAGGAGGCAUGCCAUGAAAGCAGUCAUUUCUGUGUGUGUAGUGUGCACGGAGGCUGCAAUGUGAGGCCAAAGAGCGUGAGGAGAGGCAGCGGCAGAGGCUCCAGGAAGUGCAGGCCCAGAGCCAGGUUGUGGAGAGCUCUCUGGCCCAGCACACACUCCGACUGGAGCAGGUCACCACUGCAGUGGCGGACAUGGAGGACAGGAGCCGGCAAGCAGUGACCAGGGACCACAAGCAGUGUGCCAUCCUGCAAGAGCGCGUGGCUCAGCUUGGUAAGCGGAACAUCACUUACACUACUUAUCUAUUAGAUUUAGACUCCUUAUUCGCUCGCUAUCGCUGUACUCUCGCUCUCAACCAGGGUUAAAAUAAUAUUUGUUUUCUUUCAAAUACUUUAGCGGCGCUUGAUUGUGCUUACCUGGCACCAUGGAACCUAUGGAAUAGUCCCCCAAAGUACAAAGUCUGCCCAUCUGGCGCUAUAAGCAGGCUCAAUGUAUUUGAAAGACACCAGUCAGUACCAGUCAAAAGUUUGGACACACCUACUCAUUCCAGGGUUUUUCUUUAUUUUUACUAUUUUCUACAUUGUAGAAUAAUAGUGAAGUCAUCAAAACUAUGAAAUAAAACAUAUGGAAAAAAAGUGUUAAACAAAUCAAAUAAUAUUUUAUAUUUGAGAUUCUUCAAAGUAGCCACCCUUUGCCUUGAUGACAGCUUUGCACACUCUUGGCAUUCUCUCAACCAGCUUCAUGAGGUAGUCAUCUGGAAUGCAUUUUAAUUAACAGGUGUGCCUUGUUAAAAGUUAAUUUGUGGAAUUUCUUUCCUUCUUAAUGCGUUUGAGACAAUCAGUUGUGUUGUGACAAGGUAGGUGGGGUAUACAGAAGAUAGCCCUAUUUGGUAAAAGACCAAGUCCAUAUUAUGGCAAGAACAGCUCAAAUAAGCAAAGAGAAAUGACAGUCCAUCAUUACUUUAAGACAUGAAGGUCAGUCAAUCCAGAAAAUGUCAAGAACUUUUAAAGUUUCUUCAAGUGCAGUCGCAAAAACCAUCAAGCGCUAUGAUGAAACUGGCUCUAAUGAGGACCGCCACAGGAAAGGAAGACCCAAAGUUACCUCUGCUGCAGAGGAUAAGUUCAUUAGAGUUAACUGCACCUCAGAUUGCAGCCCAAAUAAAUGCUUCACGGAGUUCAAAUAACAGACACAUCUAAACAUCAGUUGUUCAGAGGAGACUGCGUGAAUCAGACCUACAUGGUUGAAUUGCUGCAAAGAAACCACUACUAAAGGACACCAAUAAGAAGAAGAGACUUGCUUGGGCCAAGAAACACGAGCAAUGGACAUUAGACCAGUGGAAAUCUGUCCUUUGGUCUGAUGAGUCCAAAAUUGAGAUUUUUGGUUCCAACCGCCGUGUCUUUGUGAGACGCAGAGUUGGUGAAUGGAUGAUCUCCACAUGUAUGGUUCCCACUGUGAAGCAUGGAGGAGGAGGUGUGAUGGUGUGGGGGUGCUUUGCUGAUGACACUGUCAGUGAUUUAUUUAGAAUUCAAGGCACACUAAACCAGCAUGGCUACCACAGCAUUCUGCAGCGAUACGCCAUCCCAUCUGGUUUGCGCUUAGUGGUACUGUCAUUUGUUUUUCAACAGGACAAUGACCCAAAACAAACCUCCAGGCUGUGUAAGGACUAUUUUACCAAGAAGGAGCGUGAUGGAGUGCUGGAUCAGAUGACCUGGCCUCCACAAUCACAAGACCUCAACCCAAUUGAGAUGGUUUGGGAUGAGUUGGACCGCAGAGUGAAGGGAAAGCAGCCAACAAGUGCUCAGCAUAUGUGGGAACUUCUUCAAGACUGUUGUAAAAGCAUUCCUCAUGAAGCUGGUGGAGAGAAUGCCAAGAGUGUGCAAAGCUGUCAUCAAGGCAAAGGCUGGCUACUUUGAAGAAUCUCAAAUCUGAAAUAUAUUUUGAUUUGUUUAACACUUCUUCGGUUACUACAUGAUUCCAUAUGUGUUAUUUCAUAGUUUUCACUUUUCUACAAUGUAGAAAAUAGUAAAAAUAAAGAAAAACCCUUGAAUGAGUAGGUGUGUCCAAACUUUUGAAUGGUACUGUAUUUGAAAGAAAACAAAUAAUAUUUGAACUCAGGUCUGAUCUCAACACACCAUCUUUCAUCAUUCGCUCCUAUCAUAUCUCCAAUAUUCACUGCAGUGUUUGCUGGUUUUUGCCUGCCUGGUUUGUCCAUCCACACCUGAAGGUGGUUUGUUACCUGACUGUGUGUCGGUGUGAAUGUGAUCCCAGGGCAGGAGCUAUGUAAGAGGGAGGCCCAGCUGCAGGAGCGGGCUGAGGAGCUGCUUGCGCUGCAGGAGGAGCUGGGGGCGUGUCGGGCGGAGGUGCAGGGUAUGCAGGAAGAGAGGAGGAGUGCCAAGGGCAGGCUGCAGGCCCAGAAGAGAUGCGAGCACGCCCACCGAGAGAAACUAAAGGAGACAGAGCAGGUGGGUCAUAGGGAUGGAUGGUAGGGAGGGGUAUCUAUGGAUGGCUACUGGCUUUUCACCUAAACUUAGUGGAUAUCUAUGUAUUUUUCAUUGCUGUACCAUUUUAAUUAACAGGAUUGUAUCGUAGCGUCUGUCAUCAGACUGUGGGUUGCGACAACUAAGGAGGAACUAAUGAAGAACUCUGUUCCGGUGCACAUUUCUUCAUCAAUGAUCAUUUGCAAACACCUGCGAAAUCGUAAUUUUUCCAUCUUUCAAAUUUUCGGAAGGGGAGGGGACAGUUGGCCCAUGCGUUGGCUGUAGGUUUCCACUUAGGGGGGUGGAGGCUUCGCUAGUCUCGUUAGUAACUUUUCUCCUACAUCUUCCCCCAGAACCUAAUCGAGCAUCUGACGCAAUUUAAAUUAUUCGUUUCCGAGAUUAAGAAGAAUGAAAUGUGUCGCCCAUAGUCUCUGUUGACAUAUUUAGGCAAUCUGAGGGACAAAUUGGCAGGGAUUAGGAGAAAGUGACUGGUAGCAGGAUAAAUAGUAAUAAUAGAAUGAACAUUCUAUUGAAAUGGUUACUUGCAUAGUAGAGUAUUUUAAGACCUGUAGCUAGCUAGCUAGUUAAACAAUGAACCAUAAUCCCAACUCAUGACGUUACUACCCUGCAUGAAUCUGCAGGUAGCUAACCAACCAGGUUCAAUGUUAGCUAGCUAACAUUAGGCUAUAACUAGCACAGUAAAUGGCUCUGAGAUACGAAUAAUAUAACUACACAGAUCAUAUACGUAACGUUAGCUAGCGAGCCAGCCAGCUAACGUUAGCUAGCUAGCUAACAGUACACUUUAACUUGAAAUUGAAACGACUUCCUGACAAAAUUAGAAACGUGUAACAUCUGAAAAUGUAGCUAGCUAGACUAUCUUACCCGUAUACAUGGAUGGCUGCUUCUCCCUCUGUCACGGAUGCCAUGGUUGCCCUUAGUUUGAAGAUGUAAUCCGGAGACAGGUGUUUUCUCCAUCUCCUUAGCGAUCAUACUCUAAUUCCACUGAUUUCAAAACACGAUCUCUCAGCAUGUCCAGCCCACUCAUUAUCUCAACCAAUCAUGGCUAGCAGGAAGGUUGCAGUCUUUUUCUGUGGCUAAACCAACUAGGCUCGUAAUUUAACAAUUUUAUUCAUAUUUACAGAUGGCAUACAAGUUUGUUAUUAAGGCACAUGAAAGUUCACGUGUUCCAGAAGGCAAUUCUGGCCAAAAUCACAUUUAGAUUUUUUAUUUAUUUUUUGAAAAUGUUUACGUUCAAAUGUCUCUCCUGGGAAGUAGUGACGGGCGACAUAUGCCUAGUUUCCUGAAACGAGUCACACAUGCUGAUCACUUGUUGGCUGCUUUUCCUUCACUCUGUGGUCCAACUCAUCCCAAACCAUCUCAAUUGGGUUGAGGUCGGGUGAUUGUGGAGGCCAGGUCAUCUGAUACAGCAUUCCAUCACUCUCCUUCUUGGUCAAAUAGCCCGUACACAGCCUGGAGAUGUGUUUUGGGUCAUUGUCCUGUUGAAAAACAAAUGAUCGUACCACUAAGCGCAAACCAGAUGGGAUGGCGUAUCGCUGCAGAAUGCUGUGGUAGCCAUGCUGGUUAAGUGUGCCUUGAAUUCUAAUUAAAUAACUGACCGUGUCACCAGCAAAGCACCAUCACACCACCACCUCCAUGCUUCAUGGUGGGAACCACACAUGCGGACAUAAUCCGUUCACCUACUCUGCGUCUCACAAAGGCACGGCGGUUGGAGUCUAAAAUCUAAAAUUUGGACUCAUCAGACGAAAGGACAGAUUUCCACCGAUCUAAUGUCCAUUGCUCGUGUUUCUUAGCCCAAGCAAGUCUCUUCUUUUUGGUGUCCUUUAGUAGUGGUUUCUUUCAGCAAUUCAACCAUGAAGGCCUGAUUCACGCAGUCUCCUCUGAAUAGAUGUUGAGAUGUCUGUUACUUGAACUCUGAAGCAUUUAUUUGGGCUGCAAUCUGAGGUGCAGUUAACUAAUGAACUUAUCCUCUGCAGCAGAGGUAAUUCUGGGUCUUCCUUUCCUGUGGCGGUUCUCAUGAGAGCCAGUUUCAUCAUAGCGCUUGAUGGUUUUUGCGACUGCACUUGAAGAAACUUUCAAAGUUCUUGACAUUUUCCAGAUUAACUGACCUUCAUGUCUUAAAGUAAUGAUGGACUGUCAUUUCUCUUUGCUUAUUUGAGCUGUUCUUGCCAUAAUAUGGACUUGGUCUUUUACCAAAUAUGGCUAUCUUCUUUAUACCAACCCUACCCUGUCACAACACAACUGAUUGGCUCAAACGCAUUAAGAAGGAAAGAAAUUCCACAAAUUAACUUUUAAGAAGGCAGACCUGUUAAUUGAAAUGCAUUCCAGGUGACUACAUCAUGAAGCUGGUUGAGUGAAUACCAAGAGUGUGCAAAGCUGUCAUCAAGGCAAAGGGAGGCUACUUUGAAGAAUCUCAAAUAUAAAAUAAUUUUUUAUUUGUUUAACGAAAAAGUGGGUUUCUACUGGUGUGGGCGUUUAAACUACACUCAAAGGCUAUCUUUUUAAUAUUUUGUUCAUUAGUCCGCUGUCAAUAGAAUUAAAAAAAAUCAUGCAUAUCAGCAGUCAAGUUUUCAAGAUGGAGCACUUUCAGUACAGAGUAUGAAGAUGCGUUUUUCAUGUAAUCUGUUGUGUCCCUCAGCUGCACGUUCAAGAGGAGGGCGAGAGCCGCCUGAGGGAGAUCAGGGAAGCCAUGCGUGGGCUGAAGACUGACGUCAAGGCAGAGCUGAACAGUGGGAUGGUAGAGCUGAACCUCGCCCCUGACCAAGAUCCCUCCUCCUCAGACACUGACGACCACAAAGAGAACUACCCCCACUACUCAACCCCAGCCGUGCCUAGACCAGCCUACAAUCCUACCGUAAUGCCUCGGCUUUGCUACCUUACAUCUCUCUCCCUGUCAUAUCUAGUUUGUGCUGCACGCACAAGUCUGUUAGCCUGGGUGCCAAUCUAUUUCUGCUCUCUUGCCAACACCUUAUGGAAUUGUUUAGCUUGACAAUGACAAAGGCAAGAGCACAAACAGAUCUGAGACCAGGCUUCAGGUCUGUGUGUACAAAGCUUUUUUGAGCAAUGCCCAAGAUUUGUGUCUGUGGUUAACUUUUGGUAUUUGAGUUUCACAUACUUACAUUUUCAUCAUACCUCAUGCGAAAUACCUUGUAACAACGAUUACUGCAGUACUGCCAAACCACUGUUCUACCAUCGGUAGCAGGCAGAGGUCUUGCCUGUGUUCCUUAGAGUGAUGGGGUAGACAGUACAGUGUAGGAAUUCCUCUGAAGGACUGUGUUUCUCUGCAUGUCUGUCUUCAGGAUGAGCAGUGGAGGGGAGAGGUGCUAAGAGAGAGACUUCGCCAGCAGGAGGACCUCCUGAAGGUACUACUACCCCAACUUGUACUGGUACAACUUGUACUGGUACCCCAACUUGUCUUUACAUUCCGGUAUGCUUCGUCUCUAGUCGGACCAAGUUCAAUCAGGGCCGUAUCAAACGUCUCAAGAGUAGCCGUGCUGAUUUAGGAUUAGUUCAGCCUUUUAGAUCACAAUGAACUAGUUUACAGACUGUACACAGGGUAUGGGAGCUGAUCCUAGAGCAGCACUUCUACUCUGAGAUGCUUGAUAGCUACAUACAGCCCCAGAUGUAUUUCUAUAGAUGUUAUAUCGAGACAAAUGGCUAGUGAAGGCCUAUCCUAUGUCAUUCUUCAUUAGUUUCUGACCUUUCUUAGAAAUAAAUAAAUGUUAAUUGGAUAGAGACAGAGAGGAAAGAUGGAGAGUGUGCUGAAAUAGCGGUGGGCCAGAUUCAUCAGUAUAUGUGAUCCGGUGGCAGUGGCUUAGACCGCUAGACCACCCAGAUGUAUUUCUAUAGACAUUAUAUCAAGACCGAUGGUGACCCACCACUUUAAUUUGUUCCUAUGUAGCAACAUUUUAAAUGGUGUUUAAAGUAGAGACUCAAAGCUAGAAAAUGGUGUAUCAUACACUGCAGUUGAGGGUCAAUGGUGUUGUGACUUGACUUUAACGUUAAACUGAAGACUGUUAUUUCUCUAAUUAACUCACUAUGUUUAAUUGUUACCCAAUUAAAUUAAGUUCAUGGAAAACAAUUCACAUCCCUCUCUUAACAAAAAUACUUUAAGAAUUGUUCAUAUUACAUGCACAACGCAUAGGAUGGAGACUUCAUAUACAGUGGGGAGAACAAGUAUUUGAUACACUGCCGAUUUUGCAGGUUUUCCUACUUACAAAGCAUGUAGAGGUCUGUAAUUUUUAUCAUAGGUACACUUCAAUUGUGAGAGACGGAAUCUAAAACAAAAAUCCAGAAAAUCACAUUGUAUGAUUUUUAAGUAAUUAAUUUGCAUUUUAUUGCAUGACAUAAGUAUUUGAUACAUCAGAAAAGCAGAACUUAAUAUUUGGUACAGAAACCUUUGUUUGCAAUUACAGAGAUCAUACGUUUCCUGUAGGUCUUGACCAGGUUUGCACACACUGCAGCGGGGAUUUUCGCCCACUCCUCCAUACAGACCUUCUCCAGAUCCUUCAGGUUUCGAGGCUGUCGCUGGGCAAUACGGACUUUCAGCUCCCUCCAAAGAUUUUCUAUUGGGUUCAGGUCUGGAGACUGGCUAGGCCACUCCAGGACCUUGAGAUGCUUCUUACAGAGCCACUCCUUAGUUGCCCUGGCUGUGUGUUUCGGGUCGUUGUCAUGCUGGAAGACCCAGCCACGAUCCAUCUUCAAUGCUCUUACUGAGGGAAGGAGGUUGUUGGCCAAGAUCUCGCGAUACAUGGCCCCAUCCAUCCUCCCCUCAAUACGGUGCAGUCGUCCUGUCCCCUUUGCAGAAAAGCAUCCCCAAAGAAUGAUGUUUCCACCUCCAUACUUCACGGUUGGGAUGGUGUUCUUGGGGUUGUACUCAUCCUUCUUCUUCCUCCAAACACAGCGAGUGGAGUUUAGACCAAAAAGCUCUAUUUUUGUCUCAUCAGACCACAUGACCUUCUCCCAUUCCUCCUCUGGAUCAUCCAGAUGGUCAUUGGCAAACUUCAGACGGGCCUGGACAUGCGCUGGCUUGAGCAGGGGGACCUUGCGUGCACUGCAGGAUUUUAAUCCAUGACGGCGUAGUGUGUUACUAAUGGUUUUCUUUGAGACUGUGGUCCCAGCUCUCUUCAGGUCAUUGACCAGGUCCUGCCGUGUAGUUCUGGGCUGAUCCCUCACCUUCCUCAUGAUCAUUGAUGCCCCACGAGGUGAGAUCUUGCAUGGAGCCCCAGACCGAGGGUGAUUGACCGUCAUCUUGAACUUCUUCCAUUUUCUAAUAAUUGCGCCAACAGUUGUUGCCUUCUCACCAAGCUGCUUGCCUAUUGUCCUGUAGCCCAUCCCAGCCUUGUGCAGGUCUACAAUUUUAUCCCUGAUGUCCUUACACAGCUCUCUGGUCUUGGCCAUUGUGGAGAGGUUGGAGUCUGUUUGAUUGAGUGUGUGGACAGGUGUCUUUUAUACAGGUAACGAGUUCAAACAGGUGCAGUUAAUACAGGUAAUGAGUGGAGAACAGGAGGGCUUCUUAAAGAAAAACUAACAGGUCUGUGAGAGCCAGAAUUCUUACUGGUUGGUAGGUGAUCAAAUACUUAUGUCAUGCAAUAAAAUGCAAAUGAAUUACUUAAAAAUCAUAUAAUGUGAUUUUCUGGAUUUUUGUUUUAGAUUCCGUCUCUAACAGUUGAAGUCUACCUAUGAUAGAAAUUACAGACCUCUACAUACUUUGUAAGUAGGAAAACCGGCAAAAUCGGCAGUGUAUCAAAUACUUGUUCUCCCCACUGUAUGUAGUGGGUAUACAGUACCAGUCAAAGGUUUGGACACACCUACUCAUUCCAGGGUUUUUCUUUAUUUUUACUAUUUUCUACAUUGUAGAAUAAUAGUGAAGACAUCAAAACUAUGAAAUAACACAUAUGGAAUCAUGUAGUAACCAAAAAUGUGUUAAACAAAUCAAAAGUCUUGAAAUGUUCCGUAUUGACUGACCUUCAUGUCUUAAAGUAAUGAUGGACUGUCGUUUCUCUUUGCUUAUUUGAGCUGUUCUUGCCAUAAUAUGGAUUUGGUCUUUAACCAAAUCUUCUGUAUACCACCCCUACCUUGUCACAACACAACUGAUUGGCUCAAACGCAUUAAGAAGGAAAGAAAUUCCACAAAUUAACUUUUAAGAAGGCACACCUGUUAAUUGAAAUGCAUUCCAGGUGACUACCUCAUGAAGCUGGUUGAGAGAAUGCCAAGAGUGUGCAAAGCUGUCAUCAAGGCAAAGGGUGGCUACUUUGAAGAAUCUCAAAUCUAAAAUCUAUUUUGAUUUAACACUUUUUUGGUUAAUACAUGAUUCCAUGAUUAUUUCGUAGUUUUUAUAUUUUCACUAUUAUUCUACAAUUUAGAAAAUGAAUGAAUAGGUGUGUCCAAACUUUUGACUGGUACUAUACUUUCCAAGUUACAGUAUUUCCUUUAUAACAUUUUUUAUGACAUCACAAAAUAACAAACAAAAUGACAUUAGUGUUCUAUAGAUCGCCUCUGACCAUUCCCCACGUUCUACGUUAGAAAUAUUGUUCCAGUAUUCGCUUUUGAACGUGCACUGCUCAAAAAAAUAAAGGGAACACUUAAACAACACAUUGUAACUCCAAGUCAAUCACACUUCUGUGAAAUCAAACUGUCCACUUAGGAAGCAACACUGAUUAACAAUAAAUUUCACAUGCUGUUGUGCAAAUGGAAUAGACAACAGGUGGAAAUUAUAGGCAAUUAGCAAGACACCCCCAAUAAAGAAGUGGUUCUUCAGGUGGUGACCACAGACCACUUCUCAGUUCCUAUGCUUCCUGGAUGAUGUUUUGGUCACUUUUGAAUGCUGGCGUUGCUUUCACUCUAGUGGUAGCAUGAGACGGAGUCUACAACCCACACAAGUGGCUCAGGUAGUGCAGCUCAUCCAGGAUGGCACAUCAAUGCGAGCUGUGGCAAGAAGGUUUGCUGUGUCUGUCAGCGUAGUGUCCAGAGCAUGGAGGUGCUACCAGGAGACAGGCCAGUACAUCAGGAGACAUGGAGGAGGCCGUAGGAGCGCAACAACCCAGCAGCAGGACCGCUACCUCCGCCUUUGUGCAAGGAAGAGCAAGAGGAGCACUGCCAGAGCCCUGCAAAAUGACCUCCAGCAGGCCACAAAUGUGCAUGUGUCUGCUCAAACGGUCAGAAACAGACUCCAUGAGGGUGGUAUGAGGGCCCGACGUCCACAGGUGGGGGUUGUGCUUACAGCCCAACACCGUGCAGGACGUUUGGCAUUUGUCUCCCGAGUGGCGCAGUGGUCUAAGGCCAUGUUUCUGGUAAACACACACUACAUCAAAUAAAAUAAAAUGUAUUUGUCACAUACACAGGAUACAGAAGGUGUAAACAGUACAGUGGUCUAAGGCACUUUAUUGCAGUGCUAGCUGUGCCACUAGAGCCCCUGGUUCGAAUCCAGGCUCUGUCGUAGCCGGCCGCGACCGGGAGACCCAUGGGGCGGCGCACAAUUGGCCCAGCGUCGUCCAGGGUAUGGGAGGGAAGGGCCGGCAGGGAUGUAGCUCAGUUGGUAGAGCAUGGCGUUUGCAAUGCCAGGGUUGUGGGUUCGAUUCCCACGGGGGGCCAGUAAGAUUAUAUAUAUUUUUUAUAAUAAUGUAUGCACUCACUAACUGUAAGUCGCUCUGGAUAAGAGCGUCUGCUAAAUGACUAAAAUGUAAAAAAAAAAAAAAAUUGCCAGAGAACACCAAGAUUGGCAAAUUCGCCACUGGCGCCCUGUGCUCUUCACAGAUGAAAGCAGGUUCACACUGAGCACAUGUGACAGACGUGACAGAGUCUGGAGACGCCGUGGAGAACGUUCUUCUGCCUGCAACAUCCUCCAGCAUGACCGAUUUGGCGGUGGGUCAGUCAUGGUGUGGGGUGGCAUUUCUUUGGGGGGGCCGCACAGCCCUCCAUGUGCUCGCCAGAGGUAGCCUGACUGCCAUUAGGUACCGAGAUGAGAUCCUCAGACCCCUUGUGAGACCAUAUGCUGGUGCGGUUGGCCCUGGGUUCCUCCUAAUGCAAGACAAUGCUAGACCUCAUGUGCCUGGAGUGUGUCAGCAGUUCCUGCAAGAGGAAGGCAUUGAUGCUAUGGACUGGCCCGCCCCUUCCCCAGACCUGAAUCCAAUUGAGCACAUCUGGGACAUCAUGUCUCGCUCCAUCCACCAACGCCACGUUGCACCACAGACUGUCCAGGAGUUGGCGGAUGCUUUAGUCCAGGUCUGGGAGGAGAUCCCUCAGGAGACCAUCCACCACCUCAUCAGGAGCAUGCCCAGGCGUUGUAGGGAGGUCAUACAGGCACGUGGAGGUUACACACACUACUGAGCCUCAUUUUGACUUGUUUUAAGGACAUUACAUCAAAGUUGGAUCAGCCUGUAGUGUGGUUUUCCACUUUAAUUUUGAGGGUGACUCCAAAUCCAGACCUCCAUGGGUUGAUACAUUGGAUUUCCAUUGAUAAUUUUAGUGUGAUUUUGUUGUCAGCACAUUCAACUAUGUAAAGAAAAAAAGUAUUUAAUAAGAUUAUUUCAUUCAUUCAGAUCUAGGAUGUGUUGUUUAAGUGUUCCAUUUAUUUUUUUGAGCAGUGUAUGUUGAAACAAAGAACAUUCCUUUGGUGAAUCUUGAGAGCGCAGGCCUGAAUCUUCUCCCCUGAUUUACAACAGGGCGUGAUAACACCCCUAGUUCUUUCCAUCCUCCUCUACGGGUGAGAGGGGUUCUGAUUUGAAGUUAUUCAUUGCAAACCUGAUCUGACCUAUUUGGAUUUAGUGGACAGUUGAUAAACUUGUAACCCCACAUUUGAGAAAAUGGCCCGUGAAUGUUUCGGUACACCUACUGGAGAGCUCUUCUUUGUCUACACCCAUUCAGCAUCGUUCACACCCUCUUAAGCCUUGGCCUCACCCAUCUCUUUAAGGUUUGACGUGUGAGGCCAUGUGCUAAACAGAGUGAGUAAGGUAGUGUAGUAAACAACCAAAGAUUAAGACUAAAAGUGGGGAAAGUAGUAGCAAAAAUUUGUAGUAAAAAUAUACUUUCUCUAGUCCUUGGCCUAUAUCCUAAUCUGACUUUGGUGCAGGUCAUGUUUCUGGUAAACACACACUACAUCAAAUAAAAUAAAAUGUAUUUGUCACAUACACAGGAUACAGAAGGUGUAAACAGUACAGUGGUCUAAGGCACUUUAUUGCAGUGCUAGCUGUGCCACUAGAGCCCCUGGUUCGAAUCCAGGCUCUGUCGUAGCCGGCCGCGACCGGGAGACCCAUGGGGCAGCGCACAAUUGGCCCAGCGUCAUCCAGGGUAGGGGAGGGAAUGGCCGGCAGGGAUGUAGCUCAGUUGGUAGAGCAUGGCGUUUACAACGCCAGGGUUGUGGGUUCGAUCCCCACGGGGGGCCAGUAUGAAAAAAAUAAAAAAUAAUAAUGUAUGCACUCACUUAACUGUAAGUCGCUCUGGAUAAGAGCGUCUGCUAAAAUGACUAAAAAUUUUAAAAAUCUACUUGCAUAGUGGAGUCUUUUGUUUAGACCCAUAAUCCCAACCCAUACUACCAUGCAUGAAUCUGCAGGAAGCUAAAGCUAACCAACUCGGUUCAAUAGCUAGCUAGCUAACAUUAGGCUAUAACUAGCAGUGCAAAUAGAUUUCUGAGAUGCGAGUAAUAUUACUACACAGCUCAUUCACGUAACGUUAGCUAGCUAGCGAGCCAGCCAGCUAACGUUGCCUGCUAGCUAACAGUACGCUUUAACUUGCAAUGAAAAUGACUUUCUGACAAAAUUAGAAAUGUAUAAUAUCUGAAAAUGUAGCUAGACUCUUACCCGUCAUGGAUGCCAUGGUUGCCCUUAGUUUGAAGAUGUAAUCCGGAGACAAGUGUUUUAUACAUCAGCCUUCUGUGUUCUCUUUUCGACUCCCACCGCAUUUCCAAUCAUACUCUGUUUCCACCGGGGGCACUGAUUUCCACUGAUUUCAAAACUCGGUCAACUUCUUCCGUGACAACAACACUGUUGAUCGCCUUUUCUUCCCCAUCACUGUCAUCAGAAGACUCUGGUUCAAUUUUAUAAAUUUUUUAUCAGGGAUUUCCUCAUCGUCUGAUUCAUUUUCAGAGUCAGCAUGCACGAUCGUCGUCCAGAAAGUAGUUCAUCACAACUUUUCCCCACUGAUCAUUGUCGAUAGCGCCUGUAAAAGUCAGGGCAGCAUUGUUGAGAGCAGUAGCAACACUUUUGCAGUUAUUCAUGAUAUCUUUAAAAAAAGAUGCAGUAGCAAGGAUAAUCUACACAUACUGAGCAGCUCAUGUUAUAGACAGAAGCAUGCUACAUGGCAGACCAAUCCAAACUCAUCUCUCGCCAUGUCCAGCCCAUCCAUUAUCUCAGCCAAUGAUGGCUAGCGGGAAAGUUCCUGUCUUUUUCCAUGGCUAAACCAACUAGGCUCGUAAUUUACAAUUUUAUUUGUAUUUGCAGAUGGCAUACAAGUUUUUUUUUAUUAAGACACAUGAAAGUUCCCAUGUUCCAGAAGGCUUUUAUAAAAAUAAAAAUGUCUUCCUGCAAGUUCCUCUCCUGUGAAAUAGUGACGUGCGACAUACGCCUAGGUUCCUGGAACGGGUCAUAGAUGGGCAGGGAAGGCCUAUCUAUGCCAUUCUUCAUUUGUUUCUGACUGUUCUGUUGUCCUCGCUAGGCUCAGCUGCGCAGACGCAUGUGGUCUCAGGAAGAAUUUCUGAGCCAGCGCAGGCAGCAGACCGAGGGGAGUCUACAGGGACUGCGCAGACGAGUGGACAAGCUGGGCCAACUGCUGGGCAACUGCACCUCGGACUCCCUCUCUCUGAGCUCCACUGAGCCCCCACUCAAACAAGGCUGUGUAAGUGUGAGCAAAAAAGGAAGGAACCCUUGUCUAAUAGCGCUUAUAGCGGCUACAUUCAUGCCAUCAGUAAAAGGAAUUGAUGUGAUUUGCCAUGGGUACUGUUUACUGUAUUGUAUACAUUUAUUUUAGAACCACCCUAAUAGUUCAUGUAGAUUAAUUUCAUUCAUAAGCUACAAGUGGAAAUCAGUUCUUAACAAUACAUUCUCGGUCUUGAUCUGUUUAGCCAGAUGCUCCAGAGAGAUGGUGUCUCCAGGAGAGUGCGCAAGCGGAGGUGUCCCACAAACCUGUGAGACUGGAUCCUACACUCCCAGAGAAGGAGCCAGGCCCCAGGCUGAGUCCAGGCCUCUGACAGCCUCCCAGCCUUGGUGCAGGUGUGAAGUUAACCCUAGAUGCUGAUCUUGGGUCA